AUGGAGCGGGCCCCGGAGCAGGAGGCGGCGCCGGCGGCGGCGGGGGCGCCGGACCCGGGCGUCUCCUCGGGCUCCGGCGGCUCUCGCUUGCCCGGCGGCAUCGGCUCUGCGGAAGCCCUGGCGGCGCUGGGCGCGAUCGGGCGGCGGCUGCUGUGGCUGCUGCCGGUGUACCUGGCGGGCCGGGCGGGGCUGAGCCUGGGCUUCGUGGUGGCCGGCGUGGCCCUCUACAUGGGCUGGCGGGGCCGGCGGAUGAGCAAGGAGCGGUCGCUGCGAGCGGCCGGGCUGUUCCUGGGGGACGAGGAGGCUGCGCUGAGCGCCACGGGGCUGGGCCGAAGCCUGGGGCAGAGCGAGCUGCCCGCCUGGGUAAGAGCCGUGCUAUGCCCUUUUACAUGGGGGGGGGGGCGGGCGGGCGGGGGGGCUCCGGGAUUCCCCCUUGCGUCCCGCAACGCCGAGGAAGUUCCCCAGGGAAGAAAAGGAGCAGCAAAACAAGGCGCGAGCUUUGGGAUCGCAGGACCUCAGCCGUGCCCAAAUCCCCUCGCCUUGGAUGCGCUCAGACGGAAUAUUUACGCAUUCCCGGUUUCACAUGCGUGGCUGCUUCCGUGGGUGUCGGUUUCCUGCUCCUGCAAGGCUUAUUUUGAAAGGGGUGGGUGAGUAGGCAAAUAUUGGUAAAAAUACGGUUGCAGGGCGGUGAUCCCAGGUCCAAGAAGGGAGCACGUGAAAGUUACUUGCCCACUAAAAUGUUUUCUCUGUUUGUCUGCCUUGACACACAUGCCUGUACCAGCUGCCUCUGAAGCUUGUAAAGAUUUGAUUUUGUAAAUCUUCCCUUCCUGGUCACUUAGAGGCUGCUUUUUAUCUGGUGCAUUUAUAACACCACCUUCCUUCAUCAUACAUACUGUCCAGACCUGCUGAGGGCUGCAUGGUGUGGCCCCAGACUGCCCUCAGAACCUACUUUCUUGCAAGAAUCAAUCAGGCGUCUUUUGACCUGCAUUAAGUGAUGCUGAGUAGUAUACACUGUUGCACUCCUGCAUUUUUGAUGCCUAACUCCGUGCCCUGCUCCAUCCUUAGUUUGCUUGUGGGUGUCUUGACCAGGCCUAUGGAAAGCAAAAUAUCUGUGGGUGAAUCUCACUGCUUCUGCUGGCAUCCCAGGUUUUUCCUUCCCCUUCUCCAUGGCAAAGAAAACAAGGAGGCAGUUAGCCUCGGGCUUCAUCUGCAAAAUGGGGAUAAUACUGGCAUAUGUCACAGGGCUAUUGGAAGGAUAGCAGCGGGCAUGCAAAGAUUCUGAGCAAUAGAAAUGCUACGUAUUAUUAUGCAGUAGUAGUAGUAUUAUCUCCCUCUGCUCACCUUCCAGCUGCUUUGUCUUAGAAGGGUGUUUGCAGCCAUCAACCUGUAACUUUCCAUGUUUCACUGCUCUGCACGAGGGAAGAAAUGAAACUGCAUCUGGGAGUGGAAGGAGGAAGGCAGCAGCCUCUGGCUAGAUGCUGUGGCUUGGGGAGAAGCACAUGUUCACACCCUCUUGCAAAACGGCUGCUGCAUUUAGCACCCUCCUGCAAUUUGUAACUGCUCCUGCUCUCUUGAUAGGUUUCCUGCUUUCUAAAGCUCUCCUUUCUGCAUCUUUAACUAUUUUGAUCCAUCAUUUUAUCAUCUGCUUCCCUAUUUAGCUCCCCUUACAACUUCCUUCCAGAACCCUCCUCCCUCCCCCGUGAGGGAAUCCUAUUUGAUUUUCCUGCUUUCCAUCUCUCUGCAGUGCUUCUCUAUCUGUGUAGAUUAAGGUUACCAGAUUUUUUCUAAGAAUCUGGGGACACUUUUAAAAAAAAAAGAAAAAAAGGUUAUUUUCAAAAAGUUACUAUUUUUUUAAAAAAGAAGUAGUAUCUUCUCUUCUGUGGUCUCCUCUGUCGCGCAGCUUUCCUCUGGGCCCCAGCCUGCUCUCUUGGAGCACUAGCUGCCGUGGAGUAGGCUCGGGUCGGGCCUGGGCUCGGCCACGUGUCCUUGCCCUCCCAAUGCUCUCCUACCUCUCCUCCUCAGCGGCCCGGCAAGGUCGGGGCUCCCCUCUUUUUUCUCCCUCCUCUUCUUCUUCCUUCUUCUCCUCUCCUCCCCCUCCCUGUGCUGGCUUUGGGGUUUUCCUGGCCCUGGAGUGCCACUGGGCAGUCAGCCAGGUGGCCGGGCGCUCUUGCUCCCAGCUCGAUUUGGGUCAUGAGUGUGUGUGUCAGCGGUUCCCCCAGUUGACGCGCCGGGCAUCCCCAGUUCCCCCUCGGCAGUGGCGGUGGCAGCGGCAGUCUCAGCAGCCCAGAGCCAGCCUGGUAGCGCAAUUGGCUCUGGCUGGCUUCAGGAGCUGCUCGCUGCCGUGGCAUUCGCCAUAAGUCCCCAUAUGAUGUGUCUUGUGCUGUUGAACCAAUCACGCAAUAUUCAUUCCCUACUAAUAAAUCUACAACACUUAAAAUAUAAAUCUGGGGACAUUAAAUGAAAUCCAGGGACGGAUUUUGUCUGGGGACAGAUUUGUAGAUCCGGGGACUGUCCCCAGGAAACGGGAACAUCUGGCAACCAUAGUGUAGAUGCCCUUCCUGGAGACGGGUACCUUUUCCCAUCCUCCUAUUAACUAGCUCAUGCACAAAUCUUGGCAUUGUCUUCUGCCAUACCUGUCUUGCUUCUUUCUUGUCUUUUCUCUGCCCUCCCUGUACAUAAAUACUAAGGAGGAGUUGAAUGAGCAACCCUGUAAGGGACAAGAAUAUCUAGCCAGGAAAAGGAGUAAAACAGCAGGAAUUUAGUUUUUCUCUCUCUAUUUUUUUUCUGGAAUCUCUGUGUGUCGCAAUAUUCUUCUAUCUUACGUUGGUCUCUUACAUGGCACCUUACAUGGGCGUAGCCAGGUUUUUUUGUUGGGGGGGAAGGACUUUUGUUGGGGGGGCAGAAAUGACGUGAUUGGUCAGUUAAGUAUUUUUAUUGUUUUACUUGAUGGGGGGCAAGUGACCCCCCCCUAAGCCCAUGGCUUUUUACAAGAGGAACACACCUCUCUGUACCUUUCACUCACUCUAGCUAGUAUUUAGUUGGGUGUGAUGGUGGAACAUUUCUAGUCCCAUAUCUGUGGUCCAAAAAGCAAAAAACCACAGGGGAACAGAACAGACUGCCAACAGGGAUGAAAACAGGCGACUGGGUGGAAAAAGACCGCCCCUCUCUCUUUUUACUGUGUCCCCUGAUUUGAGUGCUGUUGUAGUUUCAGGGGAUGUUCAAAGAACCUGAGUAUUUGGAAAUCGAUGAUCGUAUCUUUCAGCUCUCAGUUCUGUAAUGUGGCUUUUAGCACCCUAAUCUAAAGUGAGUUCACAGGUUAUCAUUUUCCAUGUGGUAAUUGCUGCUCUUAUGAGAUAAUGUGGAUGUGCAUAGCUGGUGUCAGCAUUAUGGAAUAGAAUGUUGUCUCUUCAGGAAAUCAGCUAACAUUGGGAGACAGUUUUGGAAUGUGAUACCUUAGCUCUGCUCUUGCUGUCAAAUGGAACUUGUGAACUUGCCCUGGGUUAACUGUAGCCUGAAACCUCUGUGCACAAGCUGAAAGAUCCAUAUUGCUUCAGGGGCUGCAACCCUUGCUGGUCCUAAGGGUCACACUGUUAAACUAGGUCUCCAGCUAGGCACUAACAAUGGCCGAUGUGCAUGCUGGCUUGCCUUAAUUCCAUUUUAAUUGGAUAUUUUGUAACUGAAACUGGGAUUGCACAUCACACUGAAUGCUUAACGGUCACUGAAAACAACAACUGUUCAGUUCCAAGCUCCUGCGGCUCUGUAACACCCAGUCCAAACUUAAUGGUAUUUGUGGGCAUCUCUAGAGAUGUGAAGGUAUGGGAAAAAAAUGGGGGGGCCCUAUAAAAAUGAAGAGAAGUGGUUAAUUCAACCCCAAGUUUUCCUGUGUUUAUUCUAGACUUCUAGCUGCCCCAUUCCAUCAGCAGAAAACGCAAUGUGGAAAGCCCUGAUAAAUUGCCCUAAAUGUGGGAAGGUAGAAUUAAAUGUGCUGUUGCAAAGUGUAAGGUAAAGGUAAAGGGACCCCUGACCAUUAGGUCCAGUCGGGACCGACUCUGGGGUUGCAGUGCUCAUCUCACUUUAUUGGCCGAGGGAGCUGGCAUACAGCUUCCGGGUCAUGUGGCCAGCAUGACUAAGCUGCUUCUGGAGAACCAGAGCAGCGCACAGAAACGCCGUUUACCUUCCCACUGGAGCGGUACCUAUUUAUCUACUUGCACUUUGACGUGCUUUCGAACUGCUAGGUUGGCAGGAGCAGGGACCGAGCAACAGGAGCUCACCCCUUCGCGGGGAUUCGAACCUCCGACCUUCUGAUCAGCAAGUCCUAGGCUCUGUGGUUUAAUCCACAGCGCCACCCUAACCCGUUGGAAAGUGUAGGUGUGGCCAAAAGAUGCCUAACAGGGUUGAGUUAUAUUAACAAAUAUAACUCCCAAACCACCUUGCCUCCUAUUAUUGGCUUUACUUGCUUGUCCCUUGUCUCCUCUAACUCUCCUCUGCUGGAACUUAAGCUAAAAAACAAAAAAACUCUGUCCAUUAUGUUUUGCUUGAUCACCUUCCAUCCUUCCGAUCUUGUGUUAACAUAUUCCUCUAGUGCCUGAUCAUCAGUCUCAAUUCUCCUUCUAUGUGAUGGGUGGAGUAAAAUAAGAUAAGGUGGAGAUGCAGCAUGUUAAAAUCUGUUGUGGCAGGAAGUGCGCUGAGGUUCCCCCUUCAGCCCAGUGUCUUACUGAUAAGGAGGAAAGAAAAUCUUACAAGAGAUACAGAAACGUACUCGCUACUGAAAGAUGGCCUUGCUGUUAGGUCCCUGGGUAAGAUAGCUACCCAGUUUUGCAGUGGCUGCUGAAAAUGGAAAAGUGAAAUAUUUCUCUUUACAGCCUGAUGCAACGAGUAUGGCUUUGUUGCAUAGUGGCAACAGAGGACCUGAUUCUAUAGGGAUAUAAGCAAGCGUUCUCUGCUUGAAAGUAUAGAUGCGACAAAUGAACUUGCAGCAGGGUGCUAGUUUCCUUGGUCUCCGGGAAGCUAAGAGAUGGGGAGUGGGUACCUCAGAGCUAUUGACUAGUAUGGUUAUGGGCAGGAAUGGGAGCACUGGAAUAAAAAUUCUGUGCCAAAGUAAUCCAGAUUCUAUGGCAAAAGAAGCUAAAAUGUCCAACCUGUGCCAAUAACGUAACCUGUUUAGUGUUACUUGCAGGGCCCUCCCACCCAUGAGGCAAGGUGAGGCAGCCACCUCAAGUGGCAGGGUCCAUGGGGCAGCGGAUCCAGCCUCCAAGGAACACCCUGCCUGUUGCUUCUCCCGCAGUGGCAUUGGCAGCUGUGAUGUGCUCCUUGGGGUCUCUGCCUCCUCCUUGGCAUUCCCCCCCCCAUGUCACUUCUGCAGCAGCUUCUUGGAGAAUAGGAGGCAUUCCUGGGCUCUUCCCAUCCUUGUUCCCAAUGUGGAUAUUUAUUCCCUAGCGAGGGGACACUAUUAUGUGGUUUGCCUUAGGUGCCAGCCCUGGUUACUUCUGUUCAUAAUAGGGGGGGAAUAAGGAAUUUCAAAGUGAAGAUCAGUUUUGAUGAUGCAAAGAUGUUACCAUAUGUUGGCGACCUGCAUACUUCUGUCUUUGUAGGAUUGAGGACCAGAAGCCUAUAAAAACAAACUGAGAUUUCCAAGUUGUCAAAUGCGGUGCAGGUAGCCGUGUUGCCUCCUCUUAAAUGGAGUUGUGGAAUGCAGAGAACCCUUGAAAUGGAAACUGAGAGGAUGAUCUACUGGGGCACAACAAACUCCAGGGCCAGGAAGGUGGAACUGCUGACUCUGAAACUAUUGAAGCCACAGUGGCUUGGUGGAUAUAUUUUAGUAUCUUGCUGAGGGAGCAGAACUGUUAAAGAUGGAAUAGGUUUGUCCAUUUGGCUGUGGCUUUCAGCAGGAAAGAAGGUCAUGUUCCAGGUACUUCGAAAGCUUAUCGUCCCUUGAAAUUGAUUCUGUAGUGAAACUGUCAAAGCUCUCAUAUUGCAUGAAACUCGCUGACUUCACUUUGUUAGGAUAAUAACAAUAGCCCUUGACAAUAGACAGCAGUAAACAUGGGCAAUACAUUAAAAAGAGAGUCUAAAAUUGAUUCUUUUUCCUGUUAUAAUUAAUAAUCCGGGGGCGGCAAAACUUAAGGAUGGUGUCAUUCUAGCUGAGAUUUGUGAUGCUGUGCUGUGCAAUAACACAACUGUCAGUUGUCUUUAAAUUGAAUGUCUGCAAUCCUAUCUAGCUUAAAACGUGGAAAGAUGAGACACAGGGCCUGAAAGAAUCUUCCUUAAAUCAAUUAGUGCUGCACAAUGUCUGUGCAAAACAGCAGACUUAUUUUUGUUUCUGAGUUAAGAAAGAAGUCAAAACCAGCUUUCCCCCAUCACACUUUAGAAGGUUGGCUGUGUCUGUGGUGAGGAAAGAGUGGUUACAGUGUGCGUGUGCACUUAGUGGUGGAAAAUAAAAACGAUUCAUUGCAUGCCAUAAAUGGAGAGUUUUCUGCUUUUGCUCGUCGCUGCACUGAUGACAUCAGGCUCCUAAGUUUGCUCACAGAUGCCCAGAACUUGAACUGCUGCGCUUGGCCAGCUUCAUUUGCUGAGGCCUUUGGGUUGCAGUUCUAACAUCUGGAAUCUUGCAUUAAAAAUAAGCAAGUUUCAUUCCUAGGAGUAAGUGGCUUGAAUUGACUUUUGGCUUACUUGCCUUUUAUAAGAGAUGCCUGAAAGUCAAAAGCAAGGGUGUCUGGGUGUUAAAUCUCUGCUGGAAGCAUGUUCCCACAGCAUGGAGUCAGCUCUAGUUGUGCCUUUGUAACUGGGGGAAAGCGAACAUCACAUUUCUGGAUGACCUCUGAACAAGCUGUGAAAGGAGAGCCCAGGUGGUCCUUAAGGCAUCCUAACUCCAUGUUGCAAUUUAUAUCAGCCCAAGAACCAUUUAGCAGCAAAGGAGGAGGCUGCUUUAUAUUGGGCCAGAUUGUCCACAUAACUCACUAUUAUCUACUACAGUUGACUCUCCAGGAAAAUCAAUAGUCAUGUGGCACCUCUAUGAAGUCUGUUGAAUGAAGUGUUAUCCUGAGGUUGUAUUUUCUGGGGGAUGUGAGGAAUUGUAAACAGUGAGGCCGGAAGGAAAUGUAAUGCAGAAACAGUGGUAACUCACAAAACCAGUUUUGGGUGGCAAGGCAUGGGCUCUCCAGAGUCUCGGAUAGAGAAAGGUCCUAUUACCUCAGGAGUGGGGAACCUCUUUCAGCCUAAGUGCCUCAUUCCCUCAGGGAUUUCUCAGGACCACAUUCCAAUGGUGGGUGAGGCAUGAAGGAAAAGUGGACAGAACAGUGGAGGUGAUACUUACCUUUUUUACAAUAGGCUACAUUUCAUCCACACACCCUCCUUCCCAGCAGUUAAGAGGCAUUAUUGCAGUUAAAGGAAGCCUUCCAGCCACAGAGAGGCUCUGGAGGAGGGUGUGUGGUCUGGGGAGAGUCCCAAGGGUCAGGUCGAUGGGCUUGGAGAGUCAUAUUUGGCCCACUGGGUGUGAGGUUUCCCACCCCUGUGUUUAUCUGGUAUUUUUAACUGGAAAUGUCAGGGAUUGAACCUGGCACCUUCUUCAUGAAAAAAUGUUCUCUGCCAGUGAGCAGGGUUUAGGAUUAUGGUGUUGUGCAGCCCAAACCUCUUCAGAUUUACUUGGAAGCAAAAUCCCACUAGUUUUACUUCCAGCUACCGUAUUUUUUGCUCUAUAAGACUCACUUUUUCCCUCCUAAAAAGUAAGGGGAAAUGUGUGUGCGUCUUAUGGAGCGAAUGCAGGCUGCACAGCUAUCCCAGAAGCCAGAACAGCAAGAGGGAUUGCUGUUUUCGCUGCGCAGCGAUCCCUCUUGUUGUUCUGGCUUCUGAGAUUCAGAAUAUUUUUCCCCUUGUUUUCCUCCUCCAAAAACUAGGUGCGUCUUGUGGUCUGGUGCGUCUUAUAGAGCGAAAAAUACGUAUACAAUUGAAGCUUGGCACCGUUUCUUAAAUGUGAUGAGAGCAUGUUUUGCUACUACAUUUCACUCCUCAAGCCUCAAUGGCUCUGCUUCCUACAUCCCUUCUGUUUUCCCCCCAUUGGCUCUUCAACCCCAUAGCUCCUACUGUUCUGAUCCACCCACUGCGUUCCUGUCUCCUUCUGCAAACCCACACACCACACCGCUGUGUUUCCCCAGCUCUUACACCCUCUCUCUCACUGUACUCCUUUCUGUGGCCCAGCAAUAAUUAGGGUAGCAAUGCCCCCUUUCUCUUUGGUCAGUUUUCCUCGUGGAUCCACUUUUGUGAGAAACCCUGAAGCUUUAAAACCUGCAAAAUGUCUUGUGUGUUUUUAAGUGGAGAUGCAUUAUCUUUGUCUUGCUAAUAUUUUUGUGUGUGAGAGAGAUAGAGAGAGAGAGGAGAUAAUUGGAUCAGACUUGAACCUUUGCAGCUAAUAGGAAGAAGCUAGAUUGAGUUCUGAGUGUUUAAACCAGAAAGCAAGAUAUUAUCUUACUUUGGGGCGGGUGGGGGAGAGGGAAACCAUUCUUGCAUGUUUUGAAAAAAAUAAGGCUCGUCAGACAAUGUUCUGAGACUGGCAGCCGCACAAAGAAUUCUCUGCAUUAAUAGUUCAUCUGGGCAGCAAGCCCCUUUGCAGAUAUGACAGCAUCCUUUCUCUGAUGGAUUUUUCCUCUAAGCUGGGAUUAGCAUGGGUCUGUCCAAAAUGACCUAUUUACCUGGAUUUAAUAUUGUUUUAUUAUUUAUUAAAUAUGGAUAUUGCCCUCCACCUGAAGAUCACAGGGUGGUUCGCAACAUUAAAAUACAAAAUGAGAACACACAAUACAUAAUAAAAAAAUGAAAAACAAAGCCUCUCCUACAAACAUAUUUAAAAAGCCAUAGAAUGUUAAUCAGCUGAAUGCCUGGCUGAAGAGAAAUGUUUUCAUCUGGUGCCUAAAGACAUGCCAUGAAGGCACCAGGUGAGCUUCCCUGGGGAGAGCAUUCCAGAAGGGGGCGGGACAUGACGAAGGGCCUCAGAGGAUGAUCACAGCAUCUGGGCUGGUUCAUAUGGGGAGAGGCGGUGCUUGAGGUCUUGUGGUCCUUAACUAUUAAAGGCUUUAUAGGUCAAAACCAGCACUUUGAAUUUGGUCCAGAAGCCAGUUGGCAGCCAGUGCAGUUGCGCCAGGAUCAGUGUAAUAUGCUCAAACCGUCUUGCCCCAGUGAGCAACCUGGCUGCUGAAUUCUGCACUAGCUGAAGUUUCCAAACCGUUUUCAGCGCCACCCUCAUGUAUAAUGUGUUGCAGUAAUCUAACUUAGAAGUUAGCAGAGCACAGAAGACAAAGUUAGGCCAUCCCUGUCCAGAUAGGGUUGCAGCUGGGCCACCAGCCAAAGCUAACAGGAGGCACUCUAUCUUCUGAACGCCUUCUGUCUUCUGAACCCACACCUUCCCUGUUCCAAGAUUGAACCAGGAGGCUGCAUGUUGUUUCACUUAACUGCAGAACCUUGAAGAACCAGUAACUGGAUGAGAUUUGCUGGUGUGCCAUCAGAAAUACCGUAUUGGCCUGAAUAUAAGCCUCACUUUCCCCCCAAAUUCUGAUCAUGAAAAGUUAAAGUGUGGCUUAUAUUUGCAACCUUACAGUAUGCAGCCAGAAGUGUGGGGCAAACAGCGGCAGGAGCGUGGCAAAGCGGUGCCUUGCCCCACGCACGCAUAGUCCCCACUCCUCUCCCCCAAGGCGGGAAGGGUAUGCAGCCAGGAGCAGCGAGGAAUGGAGAAGCUUAUAUUUGAGUAUUUUUUCUGUUUAUUCUUCCCCCAUUUUAAAGGUGCGGCUUAUAUUCAGGUGCAGCUUAUAUUCGGCCCAAUACAGUAGCAUUUGAUUUAAUACUCAAGGCUCCUAAAGCUUCACCUGCCUGCUGUAUAUCUGCAUAACUCACUGCUCUGGACACGCCUCCACCCAACUGGGCUCCCUUUCUGAAGAGAGCAAUUAUCUGUCCGUUGCAAUGAUCCAGUUGAGUUACCUGUGCUUUCUUUGCCUGCCCACCUUGCAGAGAAUAUAUUUCCUAUUUCCAUGAGUCACUUCUGUGGGCUUUCUUGCUUCCAGUCAGGGAGCAUACCUAGUGGAUGUGACUCUUUUGACCAGAUGGUUUCUUAUUUUUAAACUGUUAAAAUACCGGUAAAUCUUUUCAGCAGUAAGCAUGGAGCAGUGCCUCCAAUUUUAAUUCAGAAAAAUAAUCUCCACUAUCAGAAGUUUAGAAAAUCUCAGAUAUGUCUCCAAAUAGCCUUUGUGCCAAAGAGUUGGAUACUUUAAGGGGAAGUUGGAAGGUUUUUAAAAUUGAUAUUAUAGCCUUCUGAGUUGCAUGGAAUGAGUAAGAAUUGUGGUUUUAAAUAGCACAACUAUCUAAAGUAGGGGUCAAAUUCAGCUGCUAACUGGGGUCAGUGCAAGGGCUCCUGCUAGCCUCACAGGGCCUCCUCCCAUCUCCUCCCCUUGCAUGCCCUCGGUCAGAUCUGGGGGUUGGGGUUAGGAGAACCCCCAUAACAGAACGUAAGAGUAGAAGGGAGGUAGUUCUGUUGGGCAAGCCAAAAUGUUUGUGCUGAUACAGACACACAUACACACAGUUUUGCAAGCAAGUCCCCCAAAGUUACUAGGUCACCCUUUUUUUAAUGAGCUUGUCUGCCCACAUAUACAUAUAUUAUUUUGCUAUUUGUAGCAUAGAUGGCCUGAAAGAUUUAAAAAAUGGGCCAACUCUUUUAAUUUUAUGAGAACCUCCCUGCCAGAUUGCCUGGAGGCUAUUUUUGGUCACAUGCAAGCAGGCAGGUGGCUGUUACCGAAGUGUAUGGCAAGGCUGGUAGUUUAGAUCCUGUUAGGUGCCUGUCUAAGCAGAUCAGAAAUCUCACAGUAUAGGAAAAAGAUCCCCUUCUCUGUGCCACAGAAUCUGUCUCGGCAGGCCUAGCAGCACUGGCAUUUGGGGAAUGCUUCUGUCUGACUCACCACCUACUCCUCACUCUGUUUUCUCCUGUACAGGAAAUGCUGCUGCUGCUCAUUUUAGGGCCACACGAUUAAGAAUAGUGGGUGUCGCAUUUGGGGCAGGCUGUCGAAGGGAGCUUCUAAAUAUAAGCCGGUCUGGCAUCUUCCUACCAUUUUUUUGAAGACCUUCUGAGCUAGAUGCUGCCAUUGGCAGCUAAGCUUCUUUAAGAAGAAAUGAAUAACGCUUCUGAGUCCGUGUGAGCUGUGUUUACAGGAACUAGCGAGCCGUUAGAUGAACCCCAUCGAAACGAUGUACCCACAUCUUUCUGUAUGGAGUCAGAUACCGGAGACAUUUGGCUUAGGAAUAUGCCAACCGUGUUCAAGGGUCUCACUGUGACCUGUGCUUUGCACGCAGACCCUGUCCCUCCUCCCUAAAAGACUUCCACUUGGAAUAGGGUGGCAGAGUUCAGUGCAGAGUGACUCAGGGCCUGAAGGACCCAAGUAGGCUUUGCUUUUUGCCUAUUUAUGCCCUGGCGUGGUGAAAAGAAGCUCAAGGUGGCUGAUAUAAACUGCAAAGUGCUCCAUUAUCUGAGCAGUGUAAAACAUUACAAAUGUGGCACUAGUCUUGUAAAUGAUAACAGCUUAGUACAGAGGUCAGCAAACGUUUCCAGUCCACUGUUCCUCAGACCUUGUGGGGGGCCGGACUAUAUUUUUUUUGGGGGGGGAAUGAAUUCCUAUGCCUCACAAACAACCCAGAGAUGCAUUUUAAAUAAAAGCACGCAUUCUACUCAUGUAAAAACACCAGGCAGGCCCCACAAAUAACCCAGAGAUGCAUUUUAAAUAAAAGCACGCAUUCUACUCAUGUAAAAACAUGCUGAUUCCCGGACCAUCAGUGGGCCGGAUUUAGAAGGUGAUUGGGCCGGAUCCGACCCCCGGGCCUUAGUUUGCCUACCCAUGGCUUAGUCACUAGUCUUGUAAAUGGUAACCAGGGUGAAAGGGAGCCUGUCUGCUGCAGUGGUUGGAGUGUUGGCCUAGGGCCCGAGAGACCAGGGUUCAAAUCCCCACUCAGCCAUGCCGCUUACUAGGUGACCUUAGGCCAGUCACACACUCUCUCAGCCUAACCUACCUCACAAGCUUGUUGUGAGGAUAAAAUGACAAUGGGGGGGGGAGACCUGUCUACCACCUUGUGCUCCUGGCAGUAAAGAUGGACUGUAAAAAUAAAUAUAUAAAAUAAAAGAUCAGAUAGCAGAAACACUCCUGUAACUUCAUUGAGACACACUGAAUGUCUUUAAAAAAUAAAGGAGACAUUGCGUGGCUUUCUCAGUGAUUGCAACCUUGGACUGAGGCAGGUCCUUCAGUGGGGCGGGGGGGGGGGUGUUGCUUGUUUGGACCAGGAGGAAUAUACUUGCUUAGUGAAUGUGAGUACAAAUUUACAGUAUAUGAGGAGUGACUUUGAGGUAAGCUAUUCAUUUCACUGUCACUUGUGUGUAUGGAGCCCCCAAGCCCCCUUCUGCCUUGCAGUGCUCUGGGGGCUGUUCAGAGCGCAUUCAUUCGCAGGAUGAAUUCAUUCCCAUGCAAGUUGCACUUCCAGUUGAACUCUUCCCUCCCCUUCCACUUGCUGCUUUUGCCUUGGAUCCCCUUGGGGUAAAAACAUCUUGCGGAGGGGUCAGGAGUGCGUGGCAAGGGGAAUUUCAGUUGCUUCCUUGUGAGUAGGUAAUUUUAGUGCCUCCUUCACUUAAAGGGCAGUGUCCACCUAACUCAUUCCAUCAGUGCAAAGAUUUCUGCUUGCACAAUGGACUUCUCUUUGCUUUCUCUCUCCACAUGUGCCCUGUGUCCUCUGCAAAUCUGCUCCAGAAGUUUGGGGGAACCCCCAGAACAGACCUGGAGGGAGAGGUGGGGGAGUUCCAUCACGCAAGCAAAAUCCCUGUGCAAACCGAACUAGAGUAGUUAGUUGUAUACUACUCAAUAUAUUUUGUGGGGAUAAUCGUUCCACAAAGUGAUACAGAAGUAUGCAGCUAGGCAAUGGUUGUCACAGCUUGUGAGCCAACCACCUGGCACUCCUGUUGCCACCAUAAGAUUUGAGGGUGGGUUUUCUUCAGUAUUGUCCAGAGAUCAUAUUGUGUUUUGUUUUGUACUGGCUGAAAUGACAGCAUAUGCAGUUUCCGGCCGUGGUGGGAGAAUAGUUGGGUGGAACAAAUUUCUGAAAAAUCUGUACAAAAUUUAACCAACAAAUGCAAAGCCCUUACAGUUAAGUAGGGACUGAUUCCCAAUAUGCUUAUUAAGGCUGUUAACUCCUUUAACUGCAAAUCUGUUGCAAUAAAAAAGAAAGAAAACUAGACUGGGGCUGUUGGUGUAAUGGGACUGUUAAGUAGACGUUAUCUUCAAACGAUGCAAUGUUCCAUUGUUAUGUUCUGCGAAAUCUGCCAGAUUAGUUUAUGGAAUGAUCUGUCAGUGGAAUAAAGAAAACAUUUACUCUUUGAUGUGCCACAGUAUGCCUGCACACUACAACAUGUUCAGAGAGGUGAUGUGUUUGAAUACCUAAAAAGUGUUUAUGCAUUGCUGCCAAGGGGGGGCGGGGGUGGAAUAUAUUGUUUGCUAUGUACUGUAUUGUUCCCUGUAUAAUUCCCCUAGGGAUAGGUUUUUGAAAGAGGCCUUUCAGACACUUUCAUUUUAUGAUGGCAUGGUAGGGAGAAAGCUUGUUAUUUAUGGGUUAAUGGGGAUAAAUUAUAUUGGGUUUCAGGGCCGGCCCACCUAUGAGGCAAAGUGAAGUGACUGCCUCAGAUGGUAGAAUCCACAGGGGCAGCAGAUCCUGAAGUUGAUCUUCCUUCCCUCCUUAUUCCUGAUGUAAACCGUCCGUCACUCUUCCUUCCCUGGAAGGAGGGAGGGGGGCGUCAUUUUGGGGUCUGCCUCGGGUGCCCUGUUAGGCUUCUAUGUUUUCCUCUAGCAGCCCGUGGAUCAGACAUCUCUCCAUUAGGUCUGUAUUUUUGUGACGGCCAGCAGUUUUUAGCAAAUAUACUUAAGUCUGUUGUUUGUUCUUAGUCAUGGGCUGCUCAGGUCAUUUGACUUUCUGAAUUUGAGAAAGCCUGAAGCGGCAGCGGUCUUGCCGUUCUCCUUUGUGAGAUGACUGCGUGAGGAAGGCAGAUGUUUGCCCACCAGCAGGCCCGCCCACACCACAUAUCCAGUGAUCUAAUAUUGUCAGGUGGCACUGCAGCUGAAGUCUCUGCAAAAAUCGAUUUCCUUCUGCACGUAGCAAAGCGGACUGAGUCGAGCAUCUGCUUCUGGUGCAUUUGUGGUACUUGCGGUGGUGACCAGCGCAGGCAUAUGACCACAGACCCCAAACUGCAAGAACGGUUCAUCUCGUGGCUUUUAUCUCCUUGCUGCUAUCGCCUUACAGUGCACUGUCCCGAGGCAACAUGGGGAGGUGGCCAGAAACAACUUGCCCAGAACAAUAUUAGGUAGUUGAUACAGGAGUUGAAGCAUGAUAUCCUGAAAAACCACAGUAUUUGUUAACCUCAAAAGCUACUUGUAUGUUCAGUUCAAGUUUCUUCACUUAGGAAAGCAAACAUCUUGACAAGUUCUUCAGUCCCAGAACAAGCCCAGCCGGUUUGGAAGUGGACCUGGGCAAACUUUCUAUUUAUUUUAAUAGCUAUGGGGCAGAGUUAAAAGGAGGAGGGUGGGAUGCACUCUUUGUGAACCAUCUUCAGCAUUGCACUGUUGCAUUUAGUUGGGUUAUUUCUCUCACUGCAACCAAGCUGGUUGCCAAAAUUUGGUGGGCAAUUUAAGUAUACCAGGUUUAUUUAUUUAGAUCAUUUCUAUACUUCACAUUUCCAAGGGAAUCUCUCAGCAGGCUUAAGUAAUCAAGUAGUAGAACAUUGCAAGAUAAUCAAAACAAAACAUCACAAGGGAGACUCAGAUGCAAAUAAUCCACCUUAUCAUUAACAAUAAAGCACAAUAUUCUUUUAAGUAUUAGAGAAGAAGAUGAGAUAUACAAAUCAAGCACACAAACACAAUAAAAUUCCACAUAUAAAUAUAAUUUAUAACUAAACAAAAUGGAUGAAGUGGAAGUUGCACCCACAGUUCUCUCUCAUCCCCUACCCUUCCUCCACCAACAAAGCCCUUUGUUAGCAUAAAAGAAUAAUUUACAGCCAGCUCAUCCACUCUUCUACUUGUCCUGUGCCUAGAAAGCAGCAACUUCUCAUUUGUCCCACUGCUUUCCCACCCAGGGAGGUCCCUUUUCUAUACUGGUUCAGUCUCUCAUGCUGAGAGGUAUUAAGCAACUGUAGAACACUCUUUUGGUUCAUGAAAGGGCUUUUGACCCAGAAGGGUGAGGGAAGGCCGUUUAUCCCAGUUCCUCCCACCUGCAAUUCCUGUCAUUCCCCCCACAACCAUUGCAAUAUGCUCUGGAGGGUUAAGAGGCAGUAGGAGUAAAUGUUCCUUUUUUGAAAAAACCAGAAGCCUUCCUAUUGGGAAUCAUAGAUUCGGAUAUUCCUAAAAACGUAAGAGAGAUCUUCCUUUAUGCCACAGUGGCCGCCAGGAUGCUUACUGCAUCAAAUUGGAAUAGUGACAAAGUUCCUUCAAGGACAGAAUGGACUCAAAAACUGGUUGAAUAUGCGUAGUUGGAUAAUCUAUCUGAAAAAAUGAAAAAUAAACCAAAACAUGUAUUUAUUUCAAAGUGAGAAGUAGUUAAAAUAUAUUUGAAAAACAGUUGUCGCAGUCUAAACUCUGUUGUAGCAUUCGAAUAACAUCUGUAGUAGUUGGUAGUAAGAGUCGAGACCACAGACAAUUACCGGUAAAUAUUUAUUUCUAAAAAAAAAGAGAGAGGGGGGCAGUAGGAGGGGCUGUUUGGGGGGGGUUGGAGAUAGAUAAAAUUGCCCUCCCCUUCCGUUAGCGAGGGCUUCACUGGGUCAAAAUGUCUUUUGUAUCUCAUAACUAAUCAGUGGGUGCAUUCAGACAUGGGAAUUAUUGUGUUAGUUUUCCUGAUUAUAAUACUAACGCUUUCUAUCCUGGAUUCUAACCUUCCUUCUACACUGCAUUGCCUGUUGCUUUAUGGAGCAGUGGCUCUUUGACUGAUGUAUGCCACCAUGUCACACUAAGUUUUAAAUGAUGUGAAAUAACUAUAUGCUGAACAUUGCAUGAAAUUUCAUUGCUUGAAAUUACAACGUAAAAACUCCUAGUGAUUUUCCAGGUUAACAGGGUUGCAAAUGUUGGGGUGGGGGGUUGGGGGAGGAAAGCAAAUAUCCUGAAAUGAGUGCUAAACUCCUGAUAGACUCUGCUAGUUUUCCCGAAGUGGUUUGUAUGUUGUGUGAAAGAUCACACACACAACAUGAAAAUGUUCAGGUGAGGAAAUGUCGGGAAAACAGAAUAAAGUGCUGCUGCCUGAAUGCAAUGAGAAAGCUUGUGGCUGUUGUGUGUUAAGUUGGAGAAGAGGGAAGAGAGAAAUUGCUGCAUGUUAGUCUAUUCCCAGGUUUGGCUUAUGAAAUACUAUAGCAGUUUUUUAAUACUUUAUUCUAGCAAACUCUGAGGUUUUUGGAAACUUAUUGGUAUUUUCCCAGUGAGAAGAUAAUUAAUGGACAGGCUUAACUGAAAAACAGCUUGUCUUCUACUCCUGAUCUGCCUAUUAUAAUAUGCAGCCACAGGGGGAUUGUAUUUUAGGGCACACAUUCCAUUUUCAACUAAAAAGUCUUAAAAGUCUUAAAAGUACACCCUGGCUCUGGGAGCCUGGGACAGCACACAAGUGUUGUAGAGAAAUGACCCUGGACUAUUGUUUUUCUAUGAGCAAAUUGUUUCUAUUUUACGGGGCAACUUUCAAGUAUGCAGAUGCCCACCUGCAGCUCGGGGUGGCACAAUCUGGAAAGGCUCUAUUGCUUGAUUCUCCUGCACAUACAAACUAGACCUCUGCCAUCCGAGUUCACAGAGGAGGUGUUACAGCUCAGUGGUAGAACACCGGCUUUGUGUGCAGAAGGUCCUGUCUUGAAUUGCUGGCACCCCCUGGGAUGAUUUGAAAGUCUCCUGUCUGAAAGCGUGGAGAGCCUCUGCCAGGCAUUGUGCAGACAGUAUUGCUUUAGAUAGACCAGUGGCCUGACUCUUCAAGUGGGGUGUGUCUCCCUGUCUCUGUGUUGCUCUUUUGCCACACACGCCAUUCAUGCACGCAAGGAGGAAUUAACAUGAGGGUAGCCUUUAAGUAGCUGCUUGCCUAUGAGGAGUAAGGAUUGCUUCCAGCCAACCAGGUAGAGAAGCUUUGCAAAUGUUCUUACUAAAAAAUAAUAAUUGUUCUUUCAAGGGAAAAAUGGCAAACAGAGAUGUGUGCUCGAGUCAGAACACUUUGUAAGCUACAUGCAUUUUUGGAUGUAUUUGCCUGUGUGCUUGAGAGUUGGCACUCAGCUGUGUUAACCCAGGUGGUGUAGUGGUUAAGAGCGGCGGACUCGUAAUCUGGUGAACCAGGUUCGAUUCCCCAUUCCUCCACAUGCAGCUGCUGGGUGACCUUGGGCUGGUCACACUUCUCUCAAGUCUCUCAGCCCCACUCACCUCACAGAGUGUUUGUUGUGGGGAAGGAAGGGAAAGGAGAUUGUUAGCCGCUUUGAGACUCCUUAAGGGGAGUGAAUGGCAGGAUAUCAAGUCCAAAAUUCUUCUUCUUCAUCUUCUUCUUCCUCUUCCUCUUCUUCACCACCCAUUUAGGAGCAGGUGUUGCAGCUUGAUGCUUGAAAUGUUUGGCUGGAAUGCCUACAAACUGACCUACUCUUUUCAAGUGGUGAGCUUUUGGAGAACAAUGUGUCCCCCAAGUGAUACUCAAAUCCACAGUGGGAACUCUGUGUAUGUGUGUUACGAGAAAAGGAACGAGGCUUGAUUUUAACCGCGUGCUUUUUAUACUUAUUGAGCGUCAUGCAUUGAUUCUGCAUUAUUCCGGUAUAAAUAGGUUGAUGGAGCUCCAGGCUGGCUUUAGCCCAUCCGGCUUGCUAUCCCUUUGCUUGAGGGUUGCUUAGUUUCCUUUCCCAGAAGCAGAUGGCCCUUCCUCUCUUCACUGCUUCUCUGUGUGCUUUCUGCCUUUGGCUCAUGUUUAAUCAGAAUAACACAUUAAUCAGGUGCUCUGAGGUGACAGAAAACAGUCCUUCUCUCACCCCCCUGGCCUGCUCUCUCCAAAUCUUGCUAAGCUGUGGGGGGACCCUUUUCCACCUGGGGGAACUGGGGGUCAGAUUUAUAUAUGCACACCUUUGUGUAUUGUACUGUUGUCUGUUUUAGGGUGUAUUGAACUGGGGCUACAGCUGCCUUGAGAACUUUGGUGAGUAGGUGAGGCUAUAAAUAUUUCUCAAUAAAUAUAAAUAAGGAGAGAGGGGAUACUUUAAUUCUGUUGGGAUUCGGCUUUGAUAUCCAGGGUUAUUUCUUUCUCAGCCCCUAUAGCAACACUGAAAGACACUGAACACUGAAAGACAGUUACCAUCUUUCUGAAAGCGUUUAAAGAUAAUGGAAGAGAGCUGUUGUCAUGUGCUUGGCUUCCUAUCUGCCUCUGCAUGUGCCACAGAUAGGGAACAGGGUGUCCCACCAGUUCAUCUCACACAGUACCCAAAAACUGUGGAUACUGUGUUCAGGAUGAGCCCAAUACAUUUUGGCACCUGAGGCGAACCACAAAAUGGCGCCCCUCCUCCAUUCCUGCCAGGGAAGAAGGGGAGAAUGAAGGUCUACAUCAGGAGCAAGGAGGGGGUAUGAAUUGUCUCAUAGGUGGGCCGGUCCCUGACUGUGUUUCAUGAUCUGGGACUUAACAAGAAAAUCAGUGCAUUCCAAACUCCCCAUGCGAAUCAUCUUGCACCACUGUCGAGAAGAGAGCGCCUUUUAAUGCUGACCCUGUUCAUCCCCGUGGCAAAAGUCUGGGUGUUUUAUUUCCAAAGUGCUAGUCUUACUGCCAAGGAGGAUCUUGCCGCUAUCAAGAAGCAUGUGGGUAAAUGUCUGGCAGCCCCCCCAUCCGUAACCCUCGUAUCUCCCUUUCCCACUUCUAUAUCAGUAGUUCAACAGUAUUUUCUUUAAACAAACAUUCUACAAUCCUUUACGAAGACCUCUGACCCUCUCCUGUUUUUCAUUUCCUUAAUCUUGUGCACUUAAUGCCUCUUUUGCCAUCUGCAACACAAGCGUAUUUUCAACACACUCUCCCUUCCGGGUGUUGCACACCGUCUGGUGUGUUUAGCUGUGCCCAAUAGUGGCACAUAUCUGGCGUGCAUGCAUGCAAAUAUGAUGUAUCUUAAAACCAAAACACACACACACACACACACACACACACACACACAGCACAGAAAUAACAGAGCCCUGAUUACUAUGGAAGGAGGAAGUGGGUAAACUGGGUACAAAACCACUGAGUUAAAAUAAAUCACCCAGCUAUUGAGAAAUAAGCAUUGUGGGCUUGUAUGGUGAUGCAGAUGGCUUGGCUUUGAGCUGCAGUUGUAUCAUCUGUCCUUGAAUGUCUGCAGCAGGGUGUUAGGUUAUCUUAAACAAGCAGUGCUGUAAAAAGCCUUUCUGUCCUUGGUCUUUUCUCUCUUUCCUAUCCCCACCCCACCCCCCGCCUGCAACCUUACUAUUUCUCUGCACAGAGAGGAAGCGGAAACAGCUGCCCAGGGAUGUUCCCUUCUGGCUUAAGGAGCCAGGAUUGCUGGCUCCUCCCUCGCCCAAGGACAGUGUGGUUUUCUUCUAUUGCUCUAUAGAUCUAAAAGAGAGAGAGAAAUUACUGCAGGCGCAUGGAUGACAGCCCGAAAAACAACUGUACUCCCCCAGCUGGCAGCUGGGAUAAGAGCGAGGAGCAUAAUCAGCCAGAGAAGUGGAUGCACGCAGGCUCCUUUUUAAAAGUUUGGCUGGCCAUGCUGCUUGCAUUGUGUACUCCUGGAGGCCUCACGCCCACGCAGCAGAACAUAAGGUCCCUUUUGUCCAGAGGAUAAAGGCGUCUAUUGACUUGCUCCCGUCCUAGUUCUCCUCUUGACAAUAUUAUAGAGAACAAAUUGACCUCGAGUAGCUGCUGUACAUUCAGGGGCCGUGAUGGGACAGCACUCACAAGGGAGAACCUCUUUUCUUAUAUUGGAGAGAUACAGCUUCCCCAGGUGGGCAAAAGGGACUGAAUCUCUGCUGCCCUCUUCACAUUCUCUUCCCCACCUCCCCUUGCCCAUUUUCCUGGGAGCACAUGAAACUACUAUACUGAGUCAUGAAGGUACUUGAUGCUGAAUACCAUCCAUCUAGCCCAGUAGUCUUAAAGGUCUUCAAACUGGGGCUUGCUUUUAACUCAAGCCUGCAUGGGGGGGGGGGGGCUUCUUAAUUCUUUGACAUAUGGGAGUUGUGCUGCUGUUCCAACCCUCCCCCUCCUUCCUGUGACCUGGCAGUGUGUUCUGACCCACCAGUUAAAGACCAGUGAUCUGACCCAGUAUGGACUAUUCUGACCGUUAUCAGUGUGCUCUCCAAGCACUGAUUUAGUUUAUCUCAACUGGAGUCCUCAAAGCAUCAUUUAAAAAAAUCUGUACAUUUUAGGCAGCAGUGGAAAUAAGACCCACAACCACUUUUGACAGAGCCACAUAGCCUCUCCCAGUUACAAUCCAUAUGCUUUUUCAAAAAGGCAGACUGGGAGUCGGCAUGAGAGCUAUUUAAAGAUAAAUAAAAAGGAACUCAGCUUUUGCACUGUAUUCUUAAUCACCACGCUGUUCUGUGUCUGACCUGUCUGAUAUAAAUUAGGUCCUCUGGGCUGGAAAUGCACCACUGCCUUAGAUACCAGCUUGACUCUCCAGCUUGCUCCUUCUUAUUUCUUCUUUCCUGGGGAGAACCCCCAUUGCAGCUGACUACAGAAGGAGCUGAAGGACAGCCCGGAGCUCCCAUCCACUGACCAGAGGACCACUUCCUGAUGGGAAACUCUGCGCCUUGCCCCUCUGUGAGGGCCCUGCUGGUGUGGGGUGCUAUUUGUGGAAGGUUUAGGGCAGAGAUGGGGGACCUACAUGGCCCUUCAACUGUUGUUGGACUCUUAAUUCCCACUAGUCCCAGCUUGCACUGUAAGUUGCACUGUCGGUCAACAGCCAGGGUUCCCAGCAACGUCUGGCUGGCCAAAAGUUCACCAUCCCUGGUUUAGGGCAAACUCUUCUUUUGACAUUGAUUUCUUGACCUUCUUAAUGGUGUAAAAAAUUGUGUGAGCUGCUUCAAGGCUACAGUGGAAUGUAAAUACGGAAUAAAUAUGAGCUCUUCUCCAGACCAACAGUGAACUUUUUUUGCGUGGGGUGGAGGGGAAUUGAGCUGGGUCUUUCACACAUCAGUCCACACUUUUCUUAUUCAUGCCUGUUGUAUCAAAAGCAGAGAGCAAGAAUGAAAGAGUUCAGGAUCUGGGUGCAAAAUAGGUGGCUCCAGGUAAAUCUGAAUGAGUAAGGCAACAUAUCUGUUUCCCCACCCCCAGUUGUGGUUUGCUUCUAAUACUUUGAACAUUAUUCUUUAACUGUUUGGAAACCAAAAUAUAGGGUUCACGAGUCCUAGUUCUAAAAAAUAAUCUGAAAUUACACGGAAGUGGAGUGGGUGGGGGAAACUGGCCACUUUCAUUUUCACUGGCUGUGGGUUUCCGACUAAGGGUGGUGGAGCUUGUGGUUGUGGCCUUGUUGUGCUAGGCCAUUCCUGUUUGUGUUAGUUACCAUGGCAAUUUAACUGAAGUUGGCUGCAGUGAACCAGGCACCGCACAGGAGUGCAAAAGCCUAGCUGAGUGGGAGUAAUAGAGAGCAGGUGUCUGCAGAGAGGCAGGAGUUGUUCUGCGCCACUGAAGCAGAUUUCUGGUAUCAUCCCAUCAUUUCUUUCUCUCUGUAUGAGGCAGACUUAAUUCAUCCAUUGUUGUUUUAUAAUCUGUUUUUCCAGCAUUGCAUGAAGUCUGCACUCCUUCAUUGCCUAAUGAUUGUCACAAUUGUGGAACAAUUGAUUUUUGAUUUUUUAUUUUUACUUCAGCUUGUACUUCCUUGGUAGUCAUGGACAAGAAAACUCAGUCUUUACCAUUCUAUACAAUAGCUUUUUAAAAAUCAUGUCAAGAGGGAGGCAAAGGUUGACAUCUGCUUGCUUGUUCUCCCCCCACCCCCCAAAAAAACCCACAACAAUUUUUACUUGAGUAAUUGAAAGCUUUGUGCUUCCUGUGCCGGAGAUAGGGACACCUCAAUUUCUGCACUACUGUGAUCCACAUUCUGUGUCAAGGAAUUUGCUUUGCUUCCACAUGCUAGUUCCUCAUUCAUUUUAAUCUUCACUUAAAAAAAUAGAAAUCUCUGAGGGGGACAAAAAGGAGUUUGGGCCAGACUUUGAAGAGGAAUGCGCUGUGGAAUAGCGGCAGGGUGUGGGAGACUUCUAGUGUUAGGCAAGGAGGUCCGGGGCUGUUUCUUCUCCUACAUACAUGCCCCAACACUGGAAUUUCUGUGGACUUCAUCAGGUGCAACCUUACUCAUGUGUACUUAAGCUUUUCUUCACAGUUGAAGAAAAAAGGCAGCAGGAUGCAUUCUUGUGUGUGUGCAUCUACAAGUCCUGAUGCUAAUUCAUAUCUCAGCCAUGUAUUUUCACCAUUCUCCUAUGAAACUUCUCAAAUGCAUCUAUAGCUUAAAACAAACAAACAAAAAGAUUUCUCAUACUUACCGGUAUCAAGUUUGCUGGAAAUGAUGUGCUUUUCCUGUGAUACUGCGCCCCAAAAUAACAUGUACUUGCUAUAUGAAAGUGUCAGAUCACUCUGUUCGGUGUGAGCCAUUGAGAAUGAGGAGUUGUCGUGUCUUUGAAGUUCACCUUUUGGGAAUGGAGAAGAUAAAAUUGGGGGAACAAAUUAAUUUUCCAUUUGCUUUCUUGUUCGCAUUAGUAUUUUUAAAUUCAGUUUUUUAGAAAAUAACCAGAUACUUUUUUCAAAAAAGCAGAACAAGAGCAGUAGAAUAAGAUAUCAUUCACAAUGACUGAGGCAUCAUAAAACAGAAGCUGGGAAAGACCAUUACGAUCCUAGCAUCCUGUUUAACUAAAGCAACAGCAGGAAGACAUUAGCAUUAACAAGCAUUAACAAGACACAAUCAGAGAAGGUUAAAGCAGGGCUGGCAUAUAUAGGGUUAAAAAGGUAACGGUAAAGGACUCCUGACAGCUAAGUCUGAACAACUCUGGGGUUGUGGCAUUUUCUGGAUCAUGUGGCCAGCAUGACUAAGCUGCUUCUGGCGAAACCAGAGCAGCACACGAAAACGCCAUUUACCUUCCCGCCAUUUUAUCUACUUGCACUUUGACGUGCUUUCGAACUGUUAGGUGGGCAGGAGCAGGGACCGAACAACGGGAGCUGACCCCAUUGCGGGGAUUCAAACCGCUGACCUUCUGAUCGCAAGCCCAAGGCUCAGUGGUUUACACCACAGCGCCACCCGUGUCCCUCUAUAUAUAGGGUUACCAUAUUUGUGGAAAUUCAGAUUUUUCAGGACAUCUCACCAAUUUUUACCUGGACACUGCUACCAACUGCAGUAUUCCGGGUAUGUCCAGGAACCCUAGGCAUACAUCAUUAUCAUUUGAAAGGAAAGGUCUUUUCCACCUGGCAGAAAGAAAAGAGGCAAGGUGAGUCCCUCUGGGGAGGGAGUUCAGAAGCUCCGUCUUUCUCUCUGAUCCCAGCCACACAGAUUGAUGGAGCACAUAAGAGGGCCUCCAGUGAUGACCUUAGUGAGUGGCAAUUUCCUCCAAUUCGGUUCAUAUGUGUCUGCUUAGUUUCAUGCGACAAUCUAGUCACAGGCUCCUCACCUAUUUCCUACUAACAACUGAGCUCUGCAUAGGGCAUCUGUAAUCGGGGGCGGAGGAAGGGGGGGGGCUCUCAGGUUCCAUCAUUGGAGGGGGGUGACAAAUUAUCAAGGAACAAUUAACUGCCCUACUAGGGCGGUUCAUAAAAAACUUUUUUUUGAAAAUGCCUGCUCCAAAGGUCUUAUCAUACUACACUAGGGAUUAUAUAGCUAUUUUUGAAAUUUCAUGCAUAUCUGUUAAUAUCGUGACCCUUCUCCAUGAAAAUAGCUGUUUACUUGGCCGUUUUCCUAUGUCGUGAAGGCUAAAAUUUCAAUUCAGUGGAGCACUUACUGUUCCCAACCCUAACCCUGUGGAAAGCCAUCUAAUUAGACUUUAAUUUGAUUUUGACGUGUUUUUUAGGAGGUAAUUUAAUUAUUGUUUGAUUUUACACCAAUGUUUUGUAUUUGAUGUUAGCUGCCCUGAGCCCGACUUUGGCCGGGGAGGACGGGAUAUAAAUAAAAGUUGAUUUAUUAUUAUUAUUAUUAUUAUUAUUAUUAUUAUUAUCAUUAUUAUCAUUCCUUUGUAAGAAAAUAUGAAAUAACGUAAAACCAUUUUUUGCAGGCAAAAAUAUAUAUAUCAAUGGGGGGGGUGGCAAGAAAUUUUCCAUACUGGGUACCACCUGACCUUCCUUCGCCUCUGUCUGUAAUGUGCCAGGCCUCUCCUCCUUCUCUCUCUUCUCUCUCUCACUUGCGCAUAUAUACUUGCGCAUAGCAGAGGGCUCACACCCUCUAAGAAACUGCAGGCUGUGCUCAAGCUGCCAGUAGCAUGAUUCCUGAGGAAGAGGACGGGCGUGUGCUUGAUAACCAUGGCCUGAUGAUCAGCUGCUUUCCUUAUGUCCCCCAUCACCCACCCGCCCUGCAGGAUUUCAAAGAAUCUCUUGCAGCCGCUCCUCUUCAAUUCCACCCCACUCAAUUCUGAGCAAGCGGAUUAAGAAAAUGCAGGGUCAAAGAUAGAAUUGCUUCACCAAACAGCUGACAUGGGGAUGGACGAUGACUAAGUGUGGCAAUGGCUCAUCCUAUCAGCCCAGGGUCUGAACUCCAGCCUUGUGGUCCUCUUUGAGUUCUGCCUCCCCCAAAAUCACUCCACCAAACAGCUGACAUGAUAGACAAUGACUAAGUGCAGAACUGUCUCAUAAUAUGGUCCAAGGGUCUGAACUCCAGGCUCAUGAUCCCCCAUCUGGAGCUCUGCCUAUAUUCAGUGACAUAUUUUCCUGAUAACCCUCCUGUUUGUUCAUGAGUCUGUUGUGUGGAGCGUAACGUCAGUCAAUUGUGUGUGUUAAAGGGAAUCUGGUGUGUUGGAGGUUUCCAAGUCAGCAGCAACACAGCUCUAUACGUGAAUACGCUGAAUUAAGUUCAGGUUUGCUGUUUUAGCGAUAAUCUUAAAAGUUUUAAAGAGUGAGUUGAGACCUCUCUUAGCUGGUGGUGAAGAAGUGGAAUCGUGGGUGGUUCAUCUUGUCAUUGCUGGCGGAAUGUUAUGGCAUACACUUUGAAAUACAGUGGUACCUCUGGUUAAGUACUUAAUUCGUUCUGGAGGUCCGUUCUUAACCUGAAACUGUUCUUAACCUGAAGCACCACUUUAGCUAAUGGGGCCUCCCGCUGCCGUCUCGCGAUUUCUGUUCUCAUCCUGAAGCAAAGUUCUUAACCCAAGGUACUAUUUCUGGGUUAGUGGAGUCUGUAACCAGAAGCGUAUGUAACCCGAGGUACCACUGUACUGUAGCCAACUGUUGAGAACUCGUAUUGCUAAAUAUUGCAACCUGCUUUUAAAAAAAAUGCUGGGAAUUUUACAGUGCUCCUUCCUGCACCAAGUACCCAAAUUGUCCUCUCUUUCAUGGUUCACAGUUGUAAUGUGCCCUUCCUUCAAGAAGCACAAAUGAUUUCAUCCCAUUUUACCCUGUGUUAGAGAUCAGGAAGAGAGAUGGUGGCUAGGCCAGGGCACCUCGUGAUCUUCAUGGCUAAACCAGGAUCUGAAGCCCAGCCUCCUCAGUCCACCCAUCACUCGCUUUCCUCCAUAGACACACACAUCCCUCCAUCCAGACAACAAGAGCCAUUUGCAGUUCAAGGGCACAUUCCUGCCAGGCAGAGGCACUAAGGCAGGGUGUGGGUCAGGGAGGGCUGUGUCCUGGGGAGGAGGGUCCCAAGGACCCGAUAAACCUGGAGGUCACAUUGGGCCCCAAGACCUGAGGUUCCCUUCCCCCUGCCCCACACCACACUGACUCUUCUAUAGUAAAGUCUCACCAAUUCCUCUUGAGAAAGUGAUCUUGCCUAAGAGUGAUGCACAAUCUCUCUCUCUUUGCGGGAAUGAAGGAGGUAUUUCCUAGUCUGUCUAGGAACCCACAGCAGGUGGGUCCCUUGCAACUGGAGCUAAUCUAUAUAUAUAUUUUCUUUUAUCUAGGUCAGUUUCCCAGAUGUUGAAAAAGCUGAAUGGCUCAACAAGGUGAGAAUCAGUCGGCUGAAUUGUUCCUGCCCAGCCAUGGCAGCAUCACGACAGUACUAACAUCUCUCUCUCUCUCCCUCUCCCUCCCUGCUUACCCCACGGCAUGGUAGAUCCUGGCCCAGGCUUGGCCCUUCUUUGGCCAGUACAUGGAGAAGCUGUUGGUGGAAAACAUUGCUCCAAGCAUCCGAGCCUCCAACACCCAUUUGCAGACCUUUACAUUCACCAAGGUUGACAUGGGAGAGAAGGUAAUUGUCAGCUGAAAAAUAAAUUUUAAGGGAGAGCAUGCUCCAGGGGACAAGUCCAUAAAUAAGGGGAAAGAAAUCAUUAGAUUUCAUCCCAUAUGUGCAGAGGGUUUCCUCUCCGCCCCAGACACACCUUGGGCUAGUAUUUAUUGAAAGCACUGAAUGAUAUCUUUUUUUAAUGCAUCGCUAGUGCAAUGGAUUUUUUCGCCUAUUGGGAUGCUAGCAGUAGUCUGUACAUUUUUUCUUAGUUUAUUUGAAACCUUACGUUAUAAUCCUGCUGGAACAUUUUAUGGUCUUGCAUUUUGUAUCGCUGCGGAAAAUCCAAUAAUAAGAUUUUGUGAAUCCAAUCAUUCUGCUGCGUAAUCAUUAUACUUACUCCUGGGGUGAUUCCUUAUUAAUGGACUAAGGACCACAAUCUCAUAUCUUGCCUUUCCAUCCUAGUCUUAUCGUCGCUAUCGUAUUUAUUUCCUUCCAGCUUCCACAUUUGAGUUAGAGCUACAUAAGUUUUGCAGUUCUGUGAUUAUUGUGUGUUUGUUGGAGGGUUUUGUUUCUAGAACAGAAGCCAGUGCUUUAUUAAUAUACACAUUGCGUUUAUUACGCUGCCUUUUUGCAGGGGUGUUGUUAGGGUGGGUGGGGCCUCCUUACUCAAAUCCAAGGUCCUUUGUGCUGGCCUCUAGAUCUUCUGCCCCUUUUCCAUUCAUUUAUUUACUUACAACCCUUUUGCUGGAAGCACUGUAAAGCUCCAUGCUGGUGGAGACCCCAACCACCCAGUUUCAUUUGCCCAGAAACACGUAUGCAUAUAAUCUAACUAGUGUUAUCCAAAUUUGUGCCAUGGACCUGUCUCCAAGGUGUUUAAGUAGCAACAACAUUUCAGCUAAUACACUAAAACUUUUUUAUUAUUAUUUCUAAAUGAAGUUUUCUGGUCUCUGUGACUUUGAUGAAUGUUGUUGAAAGCUCAGGUUACCUGGGGUGGCUGGGCAGUACUGUCAAUUGUUCAUGUUACAGGGAUCUAACCUAAUUCCGUGUUUCUCCCUCUUGGCUAAUGUUCCCUAGCUCCUGGUCCUCUAACCUUAGGGUUGCCAUAUUUCAAGAGGUAAAAAUCCAGACACAAAGUUGCUGAGCCCACCGAGUCCCGCCACCGAGCCCAAGCCAAAGCCUGGGUUGCCCACGCCUGAGCCUGAACCAGAGCUGCCCUCUCAUUAUUGGCUGAGCCAGAAAUGUGCAGGAGCCUCAUUUCAGUCCUUCUAAAACCAUUUUACCUCUUGGUGGGUCUCAGUUGACCCACUGAGUGGCAGCAGUGUCUUGGAAGAGGGAUCAGAGGGUUAUCCCAGAUGCAGGUAUAUCUUUGGCAAAGCUUUGACAUCCACGGACCAUCAGUUUGCCUUAACAGAGAUUGCUGGGGAGUGAGAGGUGGGGCAUCGCCUCCCUUGUUUUAGUCUAUUUUUAUUUGCUUAAACAACGACCCUUCUUCUGCUCCUAGCCCCUCAAGGUCAUUGGAGUUAAGGUUCACACUGGCCUGAACAAGAAGCAAAUCUUGCUGGACCUAAACAUUAGGUAAGUUCUAAGGUUUUCUUACGUUGCUGUGUUAGCUUCAUAAAUGGAGCAGAAUCAAGGCGGGAUGGGGCGGGGGGAGCGGAUUGUUCUUCAUUGAAUGGCCCACAAAGCACUUGUCACUCUGACAAGCUGCAUUUUGGAACCUGAGCAUUUUUCUACACCCUUUCCUGGAAGAGCGCAUGAUCUGAGGGCAAGUUUUGUCCUGCACUGUGGAGGUUGAGCUGCAUUGCAGAGGGAAGGUGUGAGCACUAUUGUUCUCAUCCCCUGAUUGUGGGCUUCCCAGAGGCGCCAGGUUGGCCAAUGUUGGCACUGGACGGGGUGGUCAUGUGAGCUGAUCUAGCGGGGGCCUCCUUGUGUUCUUAUGUCCCUUUCCUUUUUUGCAAUCCCACUGGCCCUGUCACAGCUGACUCUCCUUUAAAGAGACAAGUCACUUGCAAGGGAGUGACAAGGGAGAAUCCGUUGCUCUGCUGUGAGGCUCUGCUUUGGGUGAAGAUAAUGUUUCUUCCUAUGCAGAGCCAGAGACUCAUUCAUGCUGCAUUUAUGGACCAUGCUGGAUAUCCGCAGUACCUCUUCCCCACACACUUCCUGGCCAAAAGAGAGGAACCGGGUGGGACAGGAGAGCAUACAAAAUCAACAACCCCUGAAAAAAUGGUCCAACAGGGUGGGUGGAGAUUAAGGGGGGAACUGUUCCCUUUUAGGGCCUUGGUGUUUCAUUCUUGCAGUGUCUUAUGGCUUUAUUUGGUUUCUGGGAGCCUCAUGCUAGUCUCUUGCUCUCCCUCCCUCCCUCCCUCCCUGUAACACAGCUAUGUGGGUGACGUCCAGAUUGAUGUGGAGGUCAAGAAAUUUUUCUGUAAGGCCGGGGUGAAAGGCAUGCAGGUAAGGUGGUCCUGUUUUUGGCUUCAUAAAGGUAGGCUAGAAAUCUCAGAGGCUGAUACGGUUCCCAGUAAUGGAUUUGCCUUUUUAGGGACAGUUUGGCUUCUUCUUUUUUUAACCCAAGGAACUUCUCCUUUGCCAUGGCACAGGAUCAGUCCAAGCUCCCAGCAACCACAGGCCUUCCUUCUUAUCCAUGGCCUUCCUUGAAAGGGUAUCAUUUCCACCCAGUUCCUUAAUUCCUUUGAGCUACUAUUUAGAAAGCACUGCAACUGCAGGAAGGCAGUGAUGAAGGCCUCCUUAAUUACUCCUGGUAAUUAAAAGCAGAAAUCUUUGGGUGCCCCUUCCCUUCCCUUCCCUUCCCUUCCCUUCAAGAAGCCGCAUGUGGAGGCAACCCUCCCUCCCUCCCUUUCCUCAGCCUCCCACAAUCCCUGAAUUUAAGGGUGAAUCUUGCCGUGGGGCUGUGAUUUGUGUCAGGCUGCCCCUGUUGUUUGUCAGCCUGCAUUAGCGGAUGGCAUGGUAGGUGCAUCAUUUGUACCAGAUGCUGUUGCCUUUGUAUCCUCUGCUUGUCCCAGAGCACAGGAAUAUGAGAAACGACUAAAGCAGCAUUGACUGAGAAUCCGACCUCAACCUUCUCUUUUUCUCUCAGCUGCACGGCAUGCUGCGGGUCAUCUUGGAGCCCCUCAUUGGGGAUGUCCCAAUUGUCGGGGCGCUCACCAUGUUCUUCAUCCGCCGUCCGGUAAGUUUUCUGCCCAUAGCUGUCAACUUACAGAUUUGAAAAUAAGGGACCAGCAGCCAAAAUAAGGGACCUGCAGCCUCACCUGUUCCAGGCCCUCCAGUCUUCCUGUCCUCCUGCAGUCUGGUCAAACUCAUGCUGGUAGCUUCGAGAAUACUGUCCAACCAACUUUGUAACCAGAGGUUCAACUGAAUAGAAUCUGAAUCACAUGCACCACAAGGCCUAUGCAGCCUCAACUUAAGAUGGCUCCCCGGCCUGGCUUUGCACUGCAAAGUUUGCAGCAGCACGUGCAACAAAAUGGCGUCCAGCAUUCAAAAACCCCCUCAGCUUGCAUUAACUAGCGGCACACAAGGCAUGCAAGCUCCACGCCCCAGUCGUUCUUAGACUUCUUAUUGGGUGAGCAACGCAGCCAAGCAACACAGUUGGAGCCUCCCUCCUCCCUGGCCGGCAGGGAGGGAGGGAGAGGAGCUGCUUCCUUUGAAAUUUAAGGGACAUCAUUUAAGGGACAUCUAUCAAUAAGGGACAGCAGCAGGACAUGGCGCUGGAAUAAGGGACUGUCCCUUCAAAUAAGGGACACUUGACAGCUAUGUUUCUGCCACGUCCCAUUCUGGUUUUGCAAAUGUUGGGAAGGGGCACUGACCUAUGCAUAAGGUUGAAGCCAAAUCCCUCACUAUGGAAAUGUUGUGCAACCGCUCUUUGAUUACUAUCAGUACUUUUCAGGCGUAUCUCUUGAGACCACAAAAGCUAGAAACUUGCCCACCCCCACUUUAAUGAAAGCUUUUACAGCCGCAGGUAACAACACCAUAGGCAGAAUUUUCAUGCUGUCUCCCUAAAAACAUGCAGCAGAAUCAGUUCCUACAUUCAAGGGGCCGGUCAUUCCAGUGCAGAUGUCUUGCACAUGAGUAGAAGUCUUGGUUUGCAACUAGUAAAUUCUCUUAUUAAAAUGAAGUACAGGAGGAUUCAUACAUUUUUGCAGCUGUGAGAUCUCCCAAGUGAUUUUGACAAACCCCACAGGAGUUAUUAAUUGAAUUUAUUUAUUUGUCCAAGGAGCUCUGGGUGGCUUAGCAAGGCUCUCUCUCACACAAUAAUCUUGUGGGGAAGAUUAGGCUGAAAGAGAUGGUGAGGGGCCUGAGGUCACGCAGUGGGCUUCAAGGCUGAAUGGAGAUUUGAACCUGGAUAUCUUCAGUCCUGAUUGCUUCUUCUCAACCCCCCACCCAAAUUCACCCCCACAUCCAGUAUUUCUGUAGCUGGUUCUAAAUCACACCUCUCCCUUCUUUCCCAGACUCUGGACAUUAACUGGACUGGAAUGACCAACCUCUUGGACAUUCCUGGACUGAGGUAAAUGCUUGAUGAUUGACGAUAAAACCAGAGAUGGGGAACCUCUGGCCUCUGGACUUGCAGCUCUUGUAGGAGGUCGGAGAGGAUGUUGUCUUGUUUGCUUCCUCCAUCAAAAUUUACCGCUCUGGUAAAAGAAUGAGGCUUCUAUGUUCUCAAGCGCUUCUUCUCUUGGAGAUAACCAGAGCAAGAAGGGUAAAGGGGGGAGACUUCAAUCCUAACUCCAGUGGGGUUGGCUCCACUGAAGUCAAUAGGAGUGGUGAGGAGUGCAAUGGAAAACAGGUGAGAACAUUUGAGAAGAAAUUGGUUGGUGGGAGAACUGGGUCUUGCUGGAGAAGAACUUUCUGGGGCGCAGUGGGACAGAAAGGUGUUCUGGAAGAUUGGAGGGGAUGCAUGGUAGGCAAGAGGCAGGGUGGUGUAUACUGCAUUAAAACAGAAGGCUUUUCUCUGCAGCUCAUUGUCUGACACCAUGAUCAUGGACUCCAUUGCCUCUUUCUUGGUUCUCCCCAACCGCCUGCUCAUCCCGCUGGUCCCCGAUCUCCACGAAGCAGCUCAGCUGCGCUCCCCGAUUCCCAGGGUAAGGCAAGCCCUGGGGAAGGGUGUUAUCCUUGUGAGUGGGCCAGAGCCCUGCGCCUGACGCAUGCCUCUCCCCUGCAGGGUGUCGUCCGUGUCUUUCUGAGGGAGGCCAAGGACCUGCAGUCCAAGGAUAAGUACAUCAAAGGGAUGAUUGAGGGCAAGUCAGACCCAUACGCCGUUGUGCGUGUGGGAACCCAGGUCUUCACCAGCAAAGUCAUUGAUGAAGACCUCAACCCAAAGUGGAAUGAGAUGUAUGAGGUAAUUGGCUGCCAACUGAGGUGGCAAAAUUGAGUGCAAACUUUUAGGGGGACGCUCAGCCCCCUUUCUUUCUAUCCUCCCUCCCUGGCUUAGCUUGUCCUCUUCACGCAACACAACUGUCAUUCCUUUCCUUUCUCUGUCUGAAGAGGGCCCCUCCGGCCUGCACAAUAGGUGGUGCCUGCUCUGACCCCCCACCUCACUAUCCCCACAGUUCAUUGUACACGAGGUACCGGGGCAGGAACUGGAGGUGGAGCUGUUUGACAAGGACCCCGAUCAGGAUGACUUCUUGGGCAGGUGAGAGGCUGGCUGGGCUCUGUUCCCAGCUCUAUGAGGGGAGUGAGACCUAGCUGGGUGAGUAGCUGAGGGGAGGGGAGGAACUGGAGCUCCUCUGCUCUUUUUUCUGAUGCUGAGAGGACUUGGGGGCUAAAGAGUUAGGCAGGGCCAGUUCAGGCCCCAGAGACAUUGGUUUCAUCUCCAGCUCUGGAAAUUGGAGAGCCAGUGUGGUGUAGUGGUUAAGAGCGGUAGUCUCCUAAUCUGGGGAACCGGGUUCGCGUCUCCGCUCCUCCACAUGCAGCUGCUGGGUGACCUUGGGCUAGUCACACUUCUCUGAAGUCUCUCAGCCUCACUCACCUCACAGAGUGUUUGUUGUGGGGGAGGAAGGGAAAGGAGAAUGUUAGUCGCUUUGAGACUCCUUCGGGUAGUGAUAAAGCGGGAUAUCAAAUCCAAACUCUUCUUCUCUUCUUCAUGAUGGGAGAUGGGAUCUCUAUGGAUGAGGGUCACUUGAUCUGCUGCCCCUUGGGCUUGAAAGUGAGGAGAUGGUACUUAUGCAAAUGUUACCACCUUCUUUUCUUCCUCAGGAUGAAACUGGACUUUGGGGAGGUGUUCAAGGCUCGUGUGCUAGAGGAGGUGAGCGCAGAAGAGGGGACGGGGCUGGUUUCAUACAUGGUGCCAGACAACAGGAUAGCCUUUGAGUUUGAUAUCUGAUCUGUGGGGAAGAAGGAAGAAUGGUGUUUCAUCAUAGAUUGGUAAAGAGGUGGUGUUGAAGUCUCUCAUGAGAAGAGCGGUGGGACAGAGGGAGGGGGGCAGAGGGGGCCAUAUCAUGUAGAGCUGGGCUAUAUAGUUAGAGGGAAGAGUCCCUUGGCUGUAAGUGUGAUGGUACCUCAGAUUCAAAGUCUGUCCCUGUGCUCCUAAUCCUCUCCCUCUUUCUCCCACCUGGCAGUGGUUCCCUCUGCAAGAUGGUGGUCGCGCUCGUGUGCUCCUGCGCCUGGAGUGGCACACCCUCAUGUCAGAUAUCUCUAAGCUGGAACAGGUGAGUGUAACCUUGAUCUAAUUUGACCUGGAGGCCAAUUCAGCUCAGGGGAUGUGUCUGGAGUUGGCUGGGCCUGAGUUGAUGCUUUUCUGAAAAAAGCAGGAAGAUGCCCAGUAUUGUCUACUCUGGUAGCAGCUUUCCAAGGUCUCAGGCAAAGUUCUCCCCACCCCUUUAAUUCUGAACCCUUUUAAAAUGGGGGAUGCUUUGGGUUGGUUGAGCAAGGCUAGAGCGCCCCCCCCCCAUUUUUCUAUGAGGUAUUUCCUUGAAGAAGAGUUUCCUCAGAAAUGGGCAAUAUGUGAGGAGUGGACGAUGACCCUGGGUGGAGGAUUCCAAAUUCAGACUCCCAAGUCAUAUAGUAACUACAGCAGGGAAAUCAGGACUCCUGGUUCUGUUUCCAUGAGGCAAGUCGGAUUCUGUGGGAAACUGGCUUGGAAGACCUAGGGGCAGAAUCAAUACUUGGACCUCUUGUGUGGUCUGGGCUCAGAUGAACACAUCAGUAACAGAGAGAUGGAAAUAAAAAGAUAUCCUUUGGAGAAAUCUGUGUCUCCCAUUGUUUGUGUCUCCCCAGUUUGUUUGUUUUUUUGGGGUGGCGUGGGGGGAGAUGUCCUUCAAGGUGAAAGACAGCAAGGUAUCUUGGGAAGAAAUGGUGGAGCUGACUUUAUGUUUGUUUUGCUUCUUGCGUGCCGUUUAAAGGUUCUCCAGUGGAACAAAACUAUCUCCUCCAAACCAGAACCACCAUCAGCAGCCAUCUUGGUUGUCUAUCUUGACAGGGCACAAGAGCUCCCAGUGAGUAGUCAGAAACCUUGAUGAUACAGGCUUCCUGAUCUCUUCUAGUUGGGUCUGGUUGGGGUGGAUAGGUUGUGUGUUUAAAUGUCUUACUUUGUCAUAUCCCAAAACAGAUAUAAGUGGGGGGGGGGGGGUUAAAACAAGUAUUGCAAUAUUCUUCUUGAUCAGGAAUGAGGAACCAUUGGUGCUUCAUUGUUGGACUCCAGCUCCCAUAGUCAGGAAUGAUGGGAGUUGUAGUCCAGCAACAUCUGAAGGGCCACAGACUCCCAUUCCCUGUUCCAAAUAAUAUAUGUUGAAAAUGCUAGCCCUUUCCUGUAUUAAUAGGUUUUCCCCACCUCCCAACUCGGUGCACAGCUAAAGAAAAGACUCCACAUACUCCCAAAUUUGAUGAAGAAGAAAAAAUUAAAGAUGGCCCUUUCCCUUCAGCAAAAGUGGGAGCUUGUUGUUUAUUAAAUUGUAAGCCACCUUACACUUAAGAGAAGGAGUCCCAAGUCUCCAGUUCCUUGGCAGCCCUAUUUAACCUCCUGUUAGAUAUUUGGGAUUUGGCAAACAGCAUGGCAUAAUUGUAAGGGGGCCACCCAAAAUGUGCUUCUGUGUGCUCUUGCUGUCCAGCUUCAUAAACUGAUGGCAGUUUUAGGGGCUUCUUAUUAGGCAGCACCAGAAUAACAACUGGUGGGUUCACACCUGGUGGCCUAGAAGGUGCAAACUGGCAUUUCCAUGCAAGCGGAGACAUGGGCAACUAGCUCUUUAAAAUAACCCUCCUCCCCUGUGUAAGUAGCAGUAGAGGCUUUGGCAGAGACUACCCCUUGUUACACAGCAGUGCUGUUCACUUCCAUUUACUAGAGCUCAGAAAUCAGCAGCCAGGCUUCGUAAGGGAAGAACUCGUGACAGAGCCUGUGUUUCUGUUCAUGUGGGAGAGGCAAUAAGGAGCCCUUUCUGUCUCAGAGUGAGUGAAGGAAGGAAGGGAAGGGCUUUGCCAAACUAACUUGUUUUGCUGAUGCUGCGAGGGUGAAAGUGCCCUUUGCUUGUAUGUCAGCUCACGCAAGAGGGUGAAGCUGGAGCUGGCGGUCCUUCAGCUCUUACUCUGCAACCCUUGAGAUGUUGGACACCAGUUCCUAUGAGCCCCAGCCAGCAUGGCACCAUGAUGGGGCUUGUAGUCCAGCAACAUGGGGAGCGGGCAAUGGGUUCCCUGUCGCCACCUGGCACAAUUUAACCAAGGAACUGGAUGUUUCACUGAGCCCCAUCUUAGGCCAAGAAGGAAAGAGUGGGGCCUCUUAGAUAUGUUGGGAUAAACCUGUUAAGGGCUGUAUAGUUCAUGGAUAAGUUCUGUGUCCAUCAUUUCUCUCACCUCAUCCUGUACGUAGCUGAAGAAGGCCAGUAAGGAGCCCAACCCUAUGGUACAGCUCUCCGUUCAAGAUGUCACCCGUGAGAGCAAGGUAAGGGCUUAAUUCAUUCUUGUCUGUUAGUUAUUUCUCAUUGGACACCUCCAGGUGUAACCACUUGGGGUGCUGAUGAUGGGGUGUAUACAACAGUCACAACGGAGGUGGCAAGCUUAAGGUACCUGGCAGGUUUUAGCUCCCCUUCCCUCAGUUUGGUAACAUCCCAUGAUAAUCCAGGUCUUGUUGGAUGGUGCACUGUAUCACAGGCCAGGAUGGAUGGUGCAGGGGGGUUCUGGCUGUAACCUUCACUUACUAAUUAUCGUUUAAUAACAAGUAAGACACUUAUUGGGACGCGGGUGGUGCUGUGGGUUAAACCACAGAGCCUAGGAUUUGCCGAUCAGAAGGUCGGCGGUUUGAAUCCCCGCGAAGGGGUGAGCUCCCGUUGCUCGGUUCCUGCUCCUGCCAACCUAGCAGUUCGAAAGCACAUCAAAGUGCAAGUAGAUAAAUAGGUACCGCUCCAGCGGGAAGGUAAACGGCAUUUCUGUGCGCUGCUCUGGUUCGCCAGAAGCGGCUUAGUCAUGCUGGCCACAUGAACCAGAAGCUGUACGCUGGCUCCCUCGGCCAGUAAAGCGAGAUGAGCGCCGCAACCCCAGAGUCGGCCAUGACUGGACCUAAUGGUCAGGGGUCCCUUUACCUUUACCUAAGAUACUUAUUUCUUUAUUGUGUUUAUUUCCCACCUUUUCUCCAAGGAGAUCAAGCUGGCAUACACUGUCUCCCCUGCCCCCUCUGCAUUUUAUCCCCACAACAACCCUGUGAGCAGGGUUAGACUGAGAGAAAGUGUUACCCAGGAAGCUUCAUGCCUCAGAGGGCGUAUGAGCCCUGAUCCCCCAUUACCCAGUCCAGCACUUUAAUUGCCACAAACAGAGUGACAGCUGCUUACUGGAGGGGUUCUCUGGUGGAGUUGGGUCAGGACAUGGCUCAUGGCUGCUUCUUCCUCUUCUUUUGAGUGUAGCAGCUUCAGGAAGUCUGCUGCUCGAAUGACUGAUGUUCCACAGAAAUGGGUGCUGUUUCUUACCUCUUCACUGUCAUUCUUCCCCUCACACCACCAGGUUGUCUAUAACACUUCUUCUCCUGUCUGGGAUGAUGCCUUCCGUUUCUUCUUGCAAGACCCAACCACUGAGGACAUUGAUAUACAGGUAGGCUCUCCCACCUUUUCCAAAAUGCUUCCCAUAGUUCUGCCUGCACAAAAAUGCAAAAGCUGUUUUCACCCUCCGGCAGGUCAAAGACGACAACCGCCAGACCACCCUGGGCUCCCUCACGAUCCAUCUGUCCCGCCUUUUGAGUGCCGACAAUCUGGUUCUUGACCAAUGGUUCCAGCUGGAGAACUCUGGACUCAACAGCCGCAUCUACAUGAAACUCGUUAUGCGGGUAAAACACUUGACGAUUGGGGACUUAAAGACUUAAUGUGUCUCUGAUGAUGAUGAUUCACCUAUUCACCCUUCCAUGCCAGCUCAACAAUUACUGCUCAAUGUCCUUUAUUUAAAAAUGCAACAAAGCAAACAGCAUUUUCAGCUUCUUUUUCAAGCGUGAGGAAGGGAAAGAUAUACUCUACAGAAUGUAUGAGCUGCCUAUUUUGAUUGCGGGUAGAGUGACUUUCUGAGUGGCUGUUACUCUUAGUUGGAUUUCUUUGUCUCCUUCCCUUCUCCCUGAGAUGGAACCAUGGAUGGGGAAUCUGUGGCCCUCCAGAUGUACUUCAACUCCCAUCAGCCAGGGCAAGGAUGAUCUAGAAUAUCUAGAAGUCCACCACCCCUGCCUUACGGACAUGUGAUACAGGGCCACAAAGGAGUGAAGAAAGGACCCGGAAUAUAGCAUGGAGCUACUAAGCAUUGAGCAUUAAACACAAGUGGAGUCUAAAGGCAAAACUUUGGAGAUCUAUGAGUGAAUCUCCAGCUGCAUUUUCUUUUUUGAAAACCAGCUGUUUGAGAAAGGGUCCCUUUCCAUGAGCUAUCCUUUCCCCUUCUUCACUGAUUAUCCAGAGUCCGUCAAACAUGCCAGUGUUUAUGUUAUCUGGCCCUGCAGUUACGUUUUGUCCUCUUCGUUCAACAGUCCGAUGCUUCCUAACUAUUUUGACUUUGCUUCCUAACCUCAUGCUUCACUGUAUGCCAAUAUUUCUGUAGAUCUUGUAUCUGGAUGCCCCUGAACUUUGCCUCAACACCCGGCCAUGCCCCCCAGGAAAUCUGAAUGUCACUGAGGGAACUUAUGUUGGAAGCAGCGUUGACAGGCCUCCUCGCCCCACCAAGGCCAGCCCAGAUGCUGAGUUUGGCACUGAGGUAAGGUCGUCUCCUUGAGAGAGUUGAUGUUUCCUGAGCAGCAGCAGGAAAUGAUAUAAUGUAUGUGUUUAUAUAUGUCCAUCCUACCCUUCAUUGGUUUUACAAUCCCAGGAUGGGUUACAUAUAAAACCACAGAAGAAUAACAAACUACAGAAAAGUUCAUAAAAUAAGCAGAAGCAGACAGAAAUAUCUAAAACAAAGAUACCAGUCACAAACAAUAAUGCUGAAUAAUAAUGCUAUAGACAGUCUAAUCAGUUAACAGUUCAGCUUCUUUCAGUAAAAAUAACAGUACUAAGUUGAAGGACCCUUCUAAAUCACCAGUUUUAUGUUCUUUAUUUAUAUAUUUUAAAGAUAUGAAAGAUUUUAAUAUAAAUUGCAUUAAUUAGGGAUUUCCCCCUUCAUAUAUAGCUUGGCUUUUUUGAGUUUUGAUGAAAUUUUAUUUGAUUACAGCAAAAAUAAUUGUAUUACAGAAGCUAGGUGCUCCAGCUACUGUGAUGAAAAUUAUUGUGUUGCUCUCGUAAAAACCUAGGAUGGUUUGGGGACCCCAGAAAAGCGAGAUAAGAGACCUGUUGCUUUGUAGGAUGAUGACUGCAGUUCCCUCAGGCAAAUUCUUCUUCUUUUUCUCUCAUCUUCCCCUCAGAGUGUGAUUCGCAUUCACCUGCUGGAAGCUGAGAAUCUGAUUGCCAAGGAUAACUUCAUGGGUGGGAUGAUAAAGGGCAAAUCAGACCCUUAUGUCAAAGUGCGCUUGGGGGGCCAGAAGUUCCGUAGCCGCGUCAUCAAAGAGGAUCUCAACCCCCGUUGGAGCGAGAUCUAUGAGGUGAGAAUGCACGUAGCUUGGAUCUGCUGGACCUUCCGGCCUUGGCUGGUGGUGGUGGUGGUGGAGGAGGGUGGGUUUAAUGGGGAAUUGUUCUGCAACAGAGUCAGAUUAUUUUAAUUGAAACAGGACUGAUACAGUAUCUGAUAACUCACAGUGUUCUGAGAUGUCUUCCUUGCAAUCAGAUGGAUGAAAGGAAAGCACCCAACAGAGCAUUGCAUAUUUCUGAUUUGGACACACACCUGAGAAUAACUACAGUAUAACACAAAUUGUAGAAAACCCAAAUGAAGCCUGUUCAGGUUUUUACCUUGGGUUCUAUACAGAGCAAGGAUAGAGAACCUAUGGCUGUCUAGAAGUUGUUGGACUCCAACUCCCAUCAGCCCCAGCCAGUAUGGUCAGGGAUGAUGGAAGGUGGAGUCUACCAGCAUCUGGACUCCCAACAUCUGUCUAGAGCAUCUGUCAGUCAGUUUCAACAUUUUUUACUUCUGCCUAGCAAUUAUGUAUGUGGAAGUUUUUUACGUAUAGAAGUUUCCACAUCAACAGGCGGUGCUCACUCACAGCUUAGUGGAGUAAUUGGGAUGCACAGACGGCCCCAGAAUGGAAGGCCAUAAAACCUAAAUGCAGUGUUUCAAUCUCAGCUUACCAUAGAGGAUUCUCAGUGCUGCUUAAAUGCCACUAAGACCAAGAAUACUCAGAAAUGCCAUACCAUCUAAAGGGUACAUUGUACAGCAACAUGUCUUGUCUCUCAACUCCCUCUUCCAAAAUAAUAAAAUCAUCUGAAAGAUCAACUUGGAUAUAUCUUCAGCGAUUUUCAAACUUUCAUAUGCACUCAGCUUCCAUCUGCAAUGUGCCAAUGGGAGCCUGAAGUGAAAUAUUUUUGCAUUGAGCUUCUGUAUGAAUUCCUGCCAAAUCCCACUUCCUGCUGGAGCCAAAGAUAGAAACCAAUAGUCCCAAAUAUAUGCCCUUCAUCUUUUGUUCCCUAGAGGAUAUAGAUCUGUCACCAGGAAUCUUAAAAUGUUAUUUAUACACACACAAUACAACACAUUCAUUUACUUAAUCAUGCACAGACACCCAUUGCCAAGAAAUCUAAGGUAGAUGUCAGCAGAGAAUUGUCUCCAAAAAAUCAGCAAGAUAAAAUAGGCAACAGAUCAAUAAAGCAUUGCUCACUCUCAGUCUCAGUUAACACCCAGCCUCUUCAGUGUAUGAACCUAGUUUCACAAACUUGGCCCAUCGAUAAAGACAUAAAAGCUAUGGUUUAAAAAUAUUUGUAAAAAUCUGCUGUCUGGUCUUUUUUAAUUAAUUGAUUCACAUCAUAGUGCUGUCCAAUGUUUGAUUGGCUAAUCUAACCAAUUAUUUGGCCAAACAUGAAACCCUACCUAGGCCCUUUCGAAGAGGUGGGGGACGGAAUCCAGGAAACCAGGUCCCCCCCUCCCCCCUCCAUUGCUGGCCUAAUGAGUUUGUUUGCUUUCCAGAGCCAAGAUCAGAACAAACCUUGGCUUUCACUCUUAAUCUACUAAAGUCGAUCCCUGAAUGUGUGCUGCUUCUGGUUUGUGUGGCUCUGUAUUGUGACCCACUUUGCUAUAUCCUCCAGGUCAUUGUGAGUAACGUCCCAGGGCAGGAUGUGGAGUUUGAUUUAUAUGACAAAGAUGUUGACAAGGAUGACUUCCUGGGAAGGUAAGUCUGGAGCAAAAUGAAAAAUUGGACAAGCCAGAAACACGCUCACCUCUCUUCCUUUGAGUUGCCUGAGUACCCCAUGACAUGGGAGGAGGGCGAAAAGCACUCCCCUCCCUUCCUAGAACGUCUUCAGUCCCACAGCCACAGAAUUUAUACUGGUGAGCCUUAGUAAAUCAGAGUGAAGCAGAAAACACCUAAAGGCAAGUCAUUCCAGAUGGGCGUUUGUUUUACGAUCGGUGCCCUUCGUGCAUUCAGAGAUCUUUUUGCAGCAUCCACAUGAUGUCAUUGGCAUCAAUAUGCCAAUCUUGAUUUAUACUUUCCUCAGAAAAUUUAAGAAAAACGUUGCCAAUGGCUUGCUUUCAAAAUGUGAACCAUUCCUUUGCAAUCUUAAGACCCCAUCUGGAUGCACCCAUAGUUAUUUAUUAAUUUACAGCUUUAUAGGUGAAAUACUUUUCAAUCAUCUCUAUGCAUUGACAUUAAUUGGGAGUGGAUUUUGCUUCUUACACAGAGAUUGGGUAGAAUACGACCUCUACAUUUGUCUUUGUAUCUUCAUUAGCUUAACAACUAGACUUCGUUUUCUUAAUGAAAGCUGAACAUUCAAGGUAGGAGCCUAGAUAUCUCCAUAGCCCCCACCUCCUGGUGGAUCUGGGCUCAUUUUUAGGGGGCACCAAGGUGGUUGAGGUUUUUUUAGGGAGCCGCUGAAAACACGUGCUGCAUUGACAACCUUAAAAAGUGCUGAAAACGCAUGCAGCACCAACUCCCAGUCCAUCCAGGGUCUGCCUCAGGGAAGGUUCCGGAACUAAGUUCCAGAGUGUUUCGACUGAAAAAAGGCCCUGCCCGCCACACCAUACUAGAAUUGGAGGACCCAGGGCUCUGAAUGUGAAGCUUUGCAGACUGGGUUGUAAGUUUACGCUUCCAAGAAAGCACUAGAAUUGAACACUCUGGCAUUUUUUACAUCCUUCUUUCGUAUCCCUGCAUCAAACCACUCUCACAGGCCCACCUUUGGGCCUGUGAAUCAGGGCAGGCUAAUUGAAAUCCUGGAGAGCUGCAGCUAAACAGUAUAUGGAGCAAUUGUCUCGCUCAGUUUAAGGCAGUUUCCUAUGUUGUUGUUGUUGUUGUUUAGUCGCUUAGUCAUGUCCGACUCUUCGUGACCCCCAUGGACCAGAGCACGCCAGGCACGCCUGUCUUCUUUUGUCCAUGGAGUUUUCUUGGCAGGGAUACUGGAGUGGCUUGCCGGUUCCUGCUCCAGGUGGAUCACAUUUAGUCGAAACUCUCCACUAUGACUUGGCCGUCUUGGGUCGCCCUGCACAGCAUAGCUCAUAGCUUCUCUGAGUUAUUCAAGCCCCUUCGCCACGACAAGGCAGUGAUCCAUGUUACCAGACUGCAAGUUUACACCUUCUGUCGACGUUUAGUAACUCCUAGUAACCUGUGCAUGGAUUGCAAACUAGGACGAGGCCGUGUGCUUCAUGUCACCUGGAUCAUGGUGUUAAUUCAGUUUAGUAGAACCUGUGACAGAAAGAAAGCCAUUUGUCCUUCUCACUCACCUCUUCCUCCUCCAUCCCCUUUCAGGUGUAAGAUCCCUCUGAGACGAGUGCUAAGCCAAAAGUUUGUUGACGAGGUAAGUCAGUGGUACCAAUGGCACUGGGAGGGCGGGCAGGAGAUGUGCAGCAGCUGUGCUGGUCUUACCCCCUGCUCUUGGUUUCAGUGGCUCCCCCUAGAGGAUGUGAAGUCAGGACGGCUCCAUGUGAAGCUGGAGUGCUUGCCCCCCACGCCCAGUGCUGCUGAGCUGGAGCAGGUAAUUGGAGAGAGGAGGGAGGAGCAUUGAGAGAACUGCCCCAUAGGGGUGGAGGUUGGGGUUGUUAGCCUCUAGGGCAGCUUAACACUACUAAAAACUAUACAAGCAUUAAAAGCAAAGCACAAGUCCUCCCCAAAGGCUUUCAAACUAAGGUUAGGCUACUCCACUCUGAAAGGAGAGCUGGGCCUCAGCCCUGCUGGUUUUUCAAAGAAUGCUUCACUCCCAGUGAAAGAAGUACUGUUUUUACUUCUUGCACAAGAAGUAGGAGGACUUUGCAAAAUAAUAACAACUGAGGGACAGGGCAGGAUGCGUGCUCUUACCUUGGGAACAUGAGGUUCUUUUCAGGGCCUUCUGGAGUGACCAUGAGAGCAUGCCAUAUCUUGUGGUCACUUCAGAAAGCCUUGUCAAGAAAGACCACGCCACUGCGAGGGAACAUGGGUUUUUCUAAUGUUUUAAGAGCUUGUUUUUGGCUUUAGGAAGGCCUGUUGCUUGCUGGUAGCAGUUCAGGGUUAUUUGAGCACAAGAUUCCUGCCUCACAGGGCUUCCUGGAGUGACCACGUAACGUUGCAUGACCACAUGGUCACUCCAGGAAGCCCUGUCCAUCUUACCAGCGAAGAGUCCUGCAACUUGUUCAGUCCCUAUGUUAAGCACAACCGCCUCCCUCAAAAAACAGAUUUUUGAGUUUCUUGAGGGAGGUGGUUGUGCUUAAGCAAAACUGUGUUUUCUCCCAAUACCUUCAUAGAGGCAUAAAUGAAACUACUCCUUCUGUUAGCUCAGACAUUUGGAAACUGUAUGUCCAGCCCCAAGGAUAUUAGAGCUGGGAGAGGGAACACGGGGCAGCCACAGGCGGUAGGUUUUUAAAGGGUCUGCAUAUCAGGCCAGAGCUGUUUUCCCUGACCUGGUGCCCUCCAUAUGUUUUUGGGCUACAACUCCCACCAUCCUUGGCCAUGCUGACAGAGGCUAAUGGCAGCUGGAGUCCAAUGACAUCUGGAAGGCACGAGGGGAAGGCCAGGUCAGAGUUACAAGAGUUACAAGAACAAGGCCAAUUCAUGUGACCGCUGCCGGGGAUCUUCCCGCUGACAACUGCCUCUCUUCGAUGCAAGAAGGCCAUCUUGUGAUGAGUUGCUCACAUGAUGAGUGCAGAUUACCAAACUAUCAUGUGACAGUCAUAGUUUUGAAGGAUGCUGCGUCUAAGCAUAGUCCUUAAUGUGUGCCACUUUUCACAGGUAUUGAUGGUGAAUAGCUUGAUCCAGACACCAAAGAGCGAGGAGCUGUCAUCCGCCCUGCUAUCAGUCUUCCUUGACAGGGCAACUGACCUGCCGGUGAGUGGCAGUACAGAUCCCCUCUCCCUGCUGGGGCUCUGAGCUCCUUUCACAGGCCAAGAGAACCGGGAAGCCGCCAAUCACUCCUUGGACAUCCUAAAGAGCUCCUUCAGGUCUAGCAGAGGACUAAUGUGGAAUAUUGUAUUGGACCUUAACUAAGGAUCCUUAACUAAGUCCCAGCUCAGCUGCAGACUCCAGGUCUAAUUAUACAUCCUGUGAAAUGUAUAAUGUAUAGCUUCAUCUGUGGUCCCCCUUUCCCUUUUAAUACUAAGCGGGGGCACCAGUGUAUGUUGAGAUGGUUUAAAAUCACCCCCCUACACAUUGGGUGCCACCUGGAAGUAUUUUCUUAGCCUAAGUCUCAUUGCUGUGCUGGUGGGGGCGGGGUGAUUUUCACUGGGAUCCUGGCUGGGAAGGGCAGGGUUUUCAGUUUAUUUUGCAAAUUUAUAAACCACUUCACAGCUGUGAAAGCAGCGUAUAAUAAUGCAAAAUUAAAUGCAGCAGUGCAGACUUAAAGCAAUGUUUUUACAAUUGUUCAGUUAGACCUCCCUCUCCCUUUUGCUGCAGUCUGCACUUCAUAUUAAAUUAAAAGCAAGUCAGGAAUCGCUCACUCAGAGGGGCAGAGCCACAGCAAUGGCCUCCCAGCAGCAGCAGCAGCAGCACUGGCCCUACCAGUGGGAGUGCUGGAUGGGAUUGGCCCGAGCACCUGCACAGCCCAGACCUCUCUGCUUCCUCACUUCUACCCCUCCUGGUCAGCAAUAGUGAUGCUGCUGCUGGGAGGCUAUUGCCACAGUUCUGUUCCACCCAGCAAACCACUCCUGGUGGUGCAGGAGGAGGGAGCAAAAGGCAGUCCUUUCCCUGUCUUACCUAAGCCGUCCCCCCACCCCCAUCCUAGCUCCAAUACAGGAAAUUAGCCAUAAGGGUAGGAAAUUGAUUAAAGCCAGACAGGGCGCAGCAAGAUAAGGCUGGGGAGCUACGAAAAUCAGACUCCUUCCAUCUCCACUGUACAAAUGAACAGGGAAGGCACAAGGAUUUAAAAAACAUGCACUGCUGUGUCACCAUUACAUCAGUUUUGCCCCUCGCUUGCAUGCCCUUGGGAAAGCCACUUGCUUCCUCCACCUGUAUGAAAUCAAUAGUGUAUAGAGGUGCUUGACAGUCAUUACGAGAAUACAUAAGGCAUGUUCGAAAACAGAAUAUAGGGCUUCCCACUGGAGCAAAUUGUUGGCCUGUGCUACGUGCUUAGACAUGCUCAAAAUACACACAAUGUCUACUUAUAAUCGAGCAUCCUAGAAACUCUCAACCAUUUUCUCUUUUCCAGCUGCGGAAGGGUUCAAAACCCCCAAGUCCUUACGCCAGUCUCUCUGUCCGUGGUGUCUCCUACAAGACCAAGGUGAAGGCAAGGGGGAAAACAUGGUGGUUGUUUUAAUAGGGAAAGGGUUGUGCUGGAGUGAGCAGUAAAGAAUUGCUUCGGGGCAGGAUGUGGGUAGGUGGCACAUGAGCAGUCUAAGGAAACUGGCAAAGAGGGUGAGGUGGAGGGUUGAGGGUGAAAAGACGAAGCCACAAUAUUAGAGGGCGUGGCAUAGCUGGGGUAAAUGUGUGUGUGCAUGUGUGUGCGAAUGUGUUUGUGUGCACAUGUACAUUCACCCUUAUUUAAAGGGCAAGGACUUCUUCUGUGUCAGUUGAUCUCCACUGAGUUAAUUGGGUCAAUUCUAUGUCCAGGGCAGCUGUCUACCAGCUCCAUCUGGUAUGCAGGCUGAGACCCUACCUGCCUCGCCAGAGUGGUGCAUGCUCUAGUUAUCUUCCACUUGGAUUACUGCAAUGUGAUCCAUGUGGGGCUACCUUUGAAGGUGACCCGGAAACUACAACUAAUCCAGAAUGCGACAACCAGACUGGUGACUGGGAGCGGCCGCCGAGACCAUAUUACACUGGUCCUUAAAGACCUUCAUUAGCUCCCAGUACGUUUCCGAGCAAAAUUCAAAGUGUUGGUUCUGACCUUUAAAGCCCUAAACUGCCUCAGUCCAGUAUACCUGAAGGAGCAUCUCCACCCCCAUCAUUCAAUCCAGACACUGAGGGCCUUCUGGUGAUUCCAUCACUGCAAGAAGUGAGGUUACAGGGAACCAGGCAGAGGACCUUCUCGGUUGUGGCACCCGCCCUGUGGAACGCCCUCCCACAAGAUGUCAAAGAAAUAAACAACUAUCUGACUUUUAGAAGACAUCUGAAGGCAGCCCUGUUUAGGGAAGUUUUUAAUGUUUGAAGUUUUAUUCUGUUUUUAGUGUUCUGUUGGGAGCCGCCCAGAGUGGCUGGGGAAACCCAGCCAGAUGGGUGGGGUAUAAAUAAUAAAAUUAUUAUUAUUAUUAUUAAGUAACAAAUAAAACUUUAAGAGCACUUGAUCAUUUGGGGACAUGAUCAUAUAUUAGUGUAUGGUAAUGUAACAGUAUUUUUUUCUUUUUUUAUUCUCACUUUUUUCUUUCUUUUUCCUCACUCUGUCUUUUUACAAAUGAAAUUCUCUUAAUAAAAUAUUAAUUUAAAAAAGAGCACUUGAUCAUUAGUCCCAAAAUGUGACGUCAGUAUUUACGUAUCAGUCCUCAUUUUUAAUCUACAAAAAAGCACUGAUCACAUCAGAUCUUAUCCUAAAUUGGUAGCAUAAAGAUGGGAGAACUAAGGUUUGAGCAUAUUUUGAAUUAUUUUAAAAUAAGAAGUAUUUGGAAACCCUUACUGAGCUAUAGAUAGCUCUCCUUCAGUGAUGGUGAAAAUGAGUGUUGAUAGAAAUAGAUUAGCCCACAGGUGGAGCAGAAUAUCUGAAGCAUUUUUACCUGGCUGUUUAGCCAAAAAAGACUCCCAGAACAACACAUCGCAAAAGUUUGGGAGGCGGGGUGAGAAAGUAAAUUCAAGUACUUGUGCUUAGUUAAAUUGCUAUAACAAAGGGAAAGAAUAGCUUUAUCAAUCAACUAUUCUUAUGUAACUUAAUCUCAAGGCAGUCAUCUAAAUAUGGUUUGAACUAGCUUUCCCCUCCAUUCUUAGUGGGAUUUGUUUGAUACUGUCUUAUAAACAGCUGGCUAACCUCAAAUUGUGAUAUUUUCUUCCCUUUUGUAUUUUCUAAAUGUGGAGAGAUUUUAUCACGGCCUUGUGUCUCUGCCCUCAGGUCUCCUCUCAGACUGCAGAGCCAGUGUGGAAUGAAGCUUUUUCCUUCCUUAUCAAGAGGCCCCAUGCAGAAUCUUUGGAGUUGCAGGUAGCACUUUCCCGCUCUCCCUCCCCCCAGAAUGCCUGUCCUCCUUGUUGGGUAGAACUUCCGGUCUCCCCUGCUACAGUGGGGCAAUCUGCAAGCAGCAAAACCCACAAGAGAUAUGUUUAUGGCCCAAUUCACACAACAUCAGGUGAGAAAGUCAAAGCCAUUCUGGGAGCUGAGCACUUCAUACCUCAAGAGUGGAUUUCUGUGCUUCAGCCAAAACUCACUGGAUGGAGUUACGCAAAGAAGUCACUAUACUCUGAGCCUUAGCCCUCUUACUGGGUACUUGUAAGGAUUGCUGAGAUAAUAUAGGUGACUUGCCCUGAAUUCUGAACCAGUGGUGGCUGGUGCCCUUUGGGACUUGUAGGGCGGAAGGCAAGGGAGGCCAACAGUAGGUGGAGCCAGAGCAGAUGACAGGCAGAGCCGCCCCCAAUUUGUCAUGAGUAAGAAGGCAGGCAGGUGGGAGCUGGCUGGGGGGAGACUGAGCUUGGUGGGGCAGUGCCCCACACAUGCUAAUGGACCAGCCUCCAAGGGCCAGAUCCUUAUCAAGAGCCUGCUUGCAGGCCAAAUUUGAGAGGUGGGUGUGGCUUCAUUCCAUCAUGUUCAAAGUGUUUUGAAGUCCUCACGUUAGGACUUCAAAUACCUUGCAAGGAAUGAAAGUUUUUUCUUUUGUGUUUUAGCAGCAGAUCCCAUGCAGGUUUGCUGCCAGGGAACCCAAGAGCACAGGGGGUAUGUGUGAGCUCUUGGCAAGCCAGGACAGGGAGCACUGGCUUGCAACUUGCUUCCUUUCAGCCCUUCCCUCUUCUGUGAGCUACGUCCUUGCAGGGCAGGGAAGGGAGAAGAAGCCUUGGAGAUUUUGCACGUUCUCUCAACCCAGUUCCUACCAGAGGACCCUUUACCAGGCUGCCCCUUGAUAGUUUCAAAGAUUGCAGGGUACGAAAGGGGUUAUUCCAAUUCACACCAUGUGUGACCCACAUCCUUUCUGCCUACCUCACCUGUGAAAUUUUGAUCGGUCCUCACCUGUCUGUCGUUCCCACAGGUGAAAGAUGAUGGGCAUACCCUGGGUACCCUGUCACUCCCACUUGAGCAGCUGCUGUCAGCAGAGGGGCUUGUCCUUGACCGCUGGUUCCAACUCAACAACUCUAGUCCUGCCAUCCAGGUCCUGAUGCGAGUGCAGCUGGGGGUAAGUGACGAUGUGGGGAACAGCAGCUCUGAACAGCCUAACAGACUCUGACCUGUUUUCCUACGGAUUAUUUCCUUUUUUAAAUUGUUUUUUUGUACGUAACAAUAUGUAAAAAAUUGCAACACAGAGAAGUCAGGUCUGGUCUGGUUCGUCUGGUACAUAAUACUACCUUUUGUGCCAUUGUUCUUAUUUUCAUAAUAUGUAGGGGAAAUGUGAAGAGCCAGUGUUUCAUUUUAUCUUCACCUAUCGGGUCUCUCCAGCAAAGUUCUGGUGAGGCUGGUGUUGAGGUCCCUGUUCUUGACCACAGGAUGAAUCCGUACCACUGUCCUGGGAAAUCACCUUCCGUGUUUGUUUGCCUCGUCCCGCAGGUUCUGAUCUCUCAGCACUCCGGCGUGGAGGCCCUUCAUGCUGUGGCAGGAGAAGAGAAUGAGGAGGGCUCCCAGAAGGGAUCUGAGACGGAGCUGUACAUCCGGGAGGAUGGAGACUCUGGUUCCACUCAAGAGCUGCGCCAGCGCCUGCCACAGGCCAGCAGGUAAAGAAGGGCCACCCUGUGGGGUGUGGAACCCAGCAAACAAUUUGAUCUUGCACAAUAAAAUUGAGCUCCUCAGUCCAGGGAUUGUCCUCCAGGGGUUAUUGGACUACAACUCCUAUCAUUGGCUAUCCAGGCUAACAACAUCAGGAGGGCCACAUGUUCUAUAUCCCUGCCUUAGCUCCUUGCAGAGGGUAAAUACCCUGCCCUUAUCUUAGUGCCUCUGCUGCAAGGAUACCACAUUUUCUGAUGCAUCAGUAAGAGAGGCUGAGGGUCAUUAGAUCGCUUUCCUGACCGUCUUGACUUCUCCUUCCUCCACAUCUGAUCACCUGACUCUCGCUCUCUGUCUCCUUUGCUUGGGCCCACUUUUCUUGACAUGUUUGGCUGAUCUGCUCUGCUGUCCCACUGGCAGGAGGGUGGUUGGUGGGGGUCACAGCCUUUAUGGCUGCUAUUGGCCUGUCUUUGCUGAUCUCACAGAGGCCUGUUUAGAGGGAGGCAACUUUUGAACAAGGAUGGGGAGCCCUGGCUCACAGGCUGUCGGAUUUCAUUCAGCCCUGCCAUGCAAACUUCACAGUUGCAGCUCUUUCCUCAGCAAGAAGAUCAAGGUGGAGAACAGCCCUGGCCACACACACCAUGAGCCAUGCUGAGCCAUGUGGCUCAGUGAGAAGAGGAUUACGCUGCCACAGGGUUGGCCAAUGCUGCAGCUGAUAGCUGCUGGUACUUUACCCACUCCUUCAUUCCUGCCACAGCUGCUGCAAAGAGGAGGCAGUAUCAGGGUAGACUGCCCACAUCAUGUGGCAUCACCGUUUGUGUUGGCCCUGGCAGAGAGGUAGACUUGUGUUCCAAAAUUUGUCUCAGUUCAUUGUAUGCAUUGUUUCACAUCACCAGAAGUGGUUUGCAGAGACAAUAAGAUACAAAUAUGUAAUAAAAAUAGAUUAAAACUAAAUCUAUACUAAAAAGUACUCAUCCACAAAAGCCACCCUACAACAGCCAAAAGCCGGGUCAUUACAGCUGUCCAAGUGCCUGGAAGGUCUUUUCCUGGCAUCAGAAGGAAGGCAAAGUCAGUGCCAGGAAAGCUUCCCUGGGGAGAACAUUCCUCAAGCGGGGGCCACCACAGGAGAGGCUUGUUCUCACCCUCCAAGAUCUUUGGGAGACGGACUGCAGAGGAGAGCCUCAGAGCUUAAUCUCUGAGCCUGAGUGAGUUUAUACAGGGGAAGGUGGCACUUGAGGUGUUUGACUACGCAGCUGGGCAAGGCUCCAUAGCUCCAAAGUAGUGUACGGUUUUGGGGAUGCAAAUGUUUAUUGAAAUUUAAUGCUUUGGAUAGCUCUAAUGUGGGACUUGUUUUCCAUCUGUUUAUUGGUGUUAUUUGCAUCAUUCUACCGGGAAUACUGAGUUCCUUUUGCCUUUUUCACAGUUAAGACAGAUCAAGGGUGUUUAUAUGUGUUACAGUCCUUGUUUUUUUUAAAAAAAAAGUCUACGGGAGAAAAUACCAGGUGAAACUUGCAUGGAGUUACUAAGAGUUAAAUAUAGGCCUCUGUUUCCAUUGGAAGUAACUUGUGGUGUGGAUUGUGUGUGGCUGUGUGGGGGUCUGGCCCUACUUGCUGCUGGAAUGGAUCCCCCCCCCACAGCUUUCCACCAGAGUAACACAGUCUUUGCCCCAAAGAAGGUUCCCCACUUCUGCUUUAGAGUCUGAAUUCUGAGGGUCCAGGGUCAGCUUGUGAAAUCGAAGCCAGUACACUGUGGGCUUUUGAAUAACAUCUUGUUGAUGCAGAUCGGCUGAGUGGCCUUGGAGCUUUUUGCCAGAAAGGGAACAACAACGCUUGCUGUUUAUGUACGUAAUAUAUUUAAUACUUUAAAAGAUGGGAGCACUACUCUGCUCCAUGUCUUGCAGCACGGUGCUCAUUUGGGCUUUGGGAACACCAGCAAGUCUGCUUCCCCCCCCUCACCCCCCUGCAGCAAUGAGAGCUGCAGGGAAGUUCUUAACCACCCUGCUUCUUCAGCCCUCCCUCACCGCUGUACCUAAGCAUACUCAUCGCUCAUGCAUUCUGCUCCCUUAGCAUCUGUGGGGACAACACGGACGAGGCUUUUACCAUCACAUUUCCUUCCUCCAGCUGCACGUGCUGCCAAAAAAGUGUCAAAACGUCUUGCCCUUUCCUCAUCCAGCCCCAUGUACUACCACCAUUCCCCUAAUAAUCAGCUGCGCUUGUGUCUUUCUGCCCUGCAGUAACCUGGAGCUGUCAAACUCGCCCCUGGGCCAGAUGAGCCUCACUGUCUGGUACAACAUGGAUGCACGCAAACUCAUUGUCAUCAUACACGCCUGCAGGUAAGGGCUGGAGGGUGGCUUGAUUUGGGAGGAGUGGGACAAAGAGAUGGCUUUGGCAUGAGCCCCCAAAAAGAGGUUUUCUUAACUGCACAUAGAAAAUGGGUACAUUCUUAGCCAUCUUGCUGAAUUUUGUGCUACCACCCAAAGAGGGUUUUUACUUUAUGUAUGCUUUGACUCUUGGCUUCUACACCAAGUGGCAGUAAAAAAAAAGGGCACUCCCAGGUGACCUGGUUAUUGAACACUCGUCCCAGUUCAUUUGCAGAGAGAUCCGACAACAUUGGUUACUUGAUGAGCAUUCAUUCUGAACUAGUUGCAAAGAUGUUAUGUAGAUGCUGCUGCAUCAAAACAAGCUUUAUCCCACACUUUCCAGAACGUUUCCCCGUCACUUUCCUUAUAGCUAAAAGUCUGAUCUUUAGGGAAGUGGUCUUGCUGCACAAGAGCUCCAGAUCCGCUAUAAUUGUGCAACCUGAAUUUGCUGGUACAUGGUUGGAAUAAUAAUUAAUAAAAGACAGCCCAACGUGAAUGCUAUAGUUAGCAUAUAGUUAGUAUCUAAUCCCUACUCAGAACAGACCCAUUGCAAUGGAUUGACAUGACUAACUUCAGUGUGUCUACUCUGAGAAAGGACCAGGAUUGGGUACAACCCCUAGAGAGGAUUUCAUUUCCAUGCUAAUUUGAUUGUUGCAUCAGAACAAACAUUUCUGCCUGCCAGAUGGAACAAUCUCCCUUUUCCUCUCCCCACACUGUUCUGGGGAUUCUGUGGACCCUGACCCCCAACUGACUGAGAGGAGGGGAAAGUCCUGCUGAACCAGCUCCCACUUGCCCAAAUACUUCGUUGAAUCUGGCCCAAUAUGUGUCAUUAGGUUCUUCAAAUCCCUCCUUCCAUUUGAUUUAGGGGCACUGAAUGUUCCCACCCAUCGUAAUAACCCUCUCUGCCUUCAUUUCAGAAACCUUAAGUCAUCUACCAAGGAUACACCUGACCCCUAUGUCUCCCUGAUCCUACUGCCUGACAAAUCCCGUGUCACCAAGAGAAAGACAACCGUGCGGAAGAAGACCCACAAUCCUGAGUUCAAUGAGAAGUAAGGGAGGGUGCCAUUGUGUGAGGGUGGGUGGGUGGGUGUCUAAAAGGGUCACCAGCUCCAGGGAACUGGAGCUGUCUCUAGCUUAUAGUGAACAGUCAGGUUGUGUGGAGAGGACCAGAGGGUGGCGACACAAGAAUGGGCCUUUUCUGCGGUGGGGUGCUCUCCCCAGGGAAGUUCGGCUGGUGUUUUCAUUAUAUACCUUUAGGCACUAGGUGGAAAUGUUCCUUUUCAACCAGGCCUUUGGUUGAUUAACAUUUUAUGUCCUUUUAAAUGGGGGGGGGGGAGUUUGUUUUGUUCUGUGUUUUUAUUUCUAUGCUGUGAACUGCCCUGAGAUAUCUAGAUGAAGGGCAGUAUACAAAUUUUAAUAAAAAUAAUUUCAACAUCACUACAUAAAAAUAAUAACUGCUGAAGUGGGGUCGCCAUUACCAAGCUCUAUCCAUGACAUCAGAUAAUGUUAUUUUGGGUUACUUAACUCAGUGCUAACUAUUACUCCCUGCUUCCCUACUGGCAGUCACUAACACAGAUUAGAUUCCCUGCUCCAGCCCUAUGCAUGCAUUCAUCGGUGGGAGGGUUGGGAUUCACAGCUUUACCAUUAAGUAACUCUUCUGUUGGCCAAAAAGGGCAAUUAAAAUUUGUGGGGUAAUCUAUGUGAAACAGGCCUUGAUACUUGCUUGCCCUUUCCACAGGUUUGAAUGGGAUCUGACGUUGGACGAUGCCCAGCGGAGGAAGCUGGAGGCCUACAUCAAAAACAGCGUGUCUUUCAUGUCCCGAGGGGAGCCGAUAGGGAAGGUAUGGAACUCGGGAGGAGCUGCUGUUUCAGGCUCCUCAUUGGAGAGGAGCCGGCAUGUGACUGCUUGUCUGUGCUUUCCCCUCCCAGGUGCACAUCGACCUCUCGCAGAAGGACCUGUCGCAGGGCGCUCCCCAGUGGUGAGUACAGCAGGAGGGCCAGUUGCCCCAUAGCGUCUCCAGUAUCACUGGGCAGGCAGAGGAGGUCUUGCUACCUGGGCCGUCGUUUUCAUAGAGGAUGCAAAACGUGAUUUGAAGGAGGGAUCCUCUCAUUCUUGGGACUAGGGUAGGAAAACAGAUGGUUCCGUAUGCCGUGGCACUGAGGAUGGACCUGGGAUAGCUCCGUUGGUAGAGCAUGAGACUCUUAAUCUCAGGGUUGUGGGUUCAAGCCCCACAUUGGGCAAAAGAUUCCUGCCUUGCAGGAGGUUCAACCAAAAGACCCUUGUGGUGCCGUUCAACUCUACAAUUCUAUGAGUCUAGAUUCUAAAAUUUAGUCUCUUGUCCCUUAUUGACUGGGACGCGGGUGGCGCUGUGGGUUGAACCACAGAGCCUAGGGCUUGCCGAUCAGAAGGUCGGCGGUUCAAAUCCCCGCGAUGGGGUGAGCUCCCAUUGCUCGGUCCCAGCUCCUGCCAACCUAGCAGUUGAAAGCAUAUCAAAGUGCAAGUAUGCUUCCGGCAGGAAGGUAAACGGCAUUUCCGUGUACUGCUCUGGUUCGCCAGAAGCAGCUUAGUGAUGCUGGCCACAUGACCUGGAAGCUGUACGCCAGCUCCUUCGGCCAAUAAAGCGAGAUGAGCGCCGCAACCCCAGAGUCAGCCACGACUAGACCUAAUGGUCAGGGGUCCCUUUACCUUUACCCUUAUUGACUACGUGGAGCAGUGAACCAUAAAGGUCUUUCUCUGUCCAAGGGACAGUGAAGUAUUCCAGGUGGAAUCCACACUGAAGCCCCUCUACUUGCAAGCCACUGUGGUGGCUCUUAUGUUUUUCACCAAUGCAGUUGCUGCUCAAUGGGCACAUUCUAUGGAAUACAACAUUGUGCCUCCCUUGUCUGCCCACCUGCUUGGAGCGUUAGUGGAGCAAUCCCUCCAUUGACUUGCAUAGGAGGAAAGGAGAGGCUAGAUUCCUAGAAGAAGCUGGUGUGGGUGGGGGAACUUCACCCACCUAGCAAAGACCCUGUUUACCCCCAGGAUCCCUCUUGGAGGAGGGGUAAGAUUUCUGGGGUUCUGGCCUCUUAUUUCUUUCCCUUAUGCAAGUUGCACUGGGAGGAAGAAGAUGCUGAAUCGUGGAAAACAGCUGGUAGGAGGAGAAGCCCACUGCCACCCAGGACCUUUGCAAUGACAGGGCCCUUGCUGAGGAGGUGGGAUUCGCACCAACCUCAGAAGCUGUUUCUUGAGAUCCAGCCUCUUUCCCCCCACUGUGAAGGUGAAUGGAGGGGAUCACGCUCUCAGUGAACUUGCAUAGGAGGGGACAAGAGGAUGCACCCCCAAAACAACUGUAGAGUGAAUGCAGCCACCAUCACAGUUACAUUCCUAGUCACACUGAAGGUUUUGGGGGAAAGAGCUUUUAAAGGUAACCACAGUUGCACAAGUGCACUUUAAAAGAAGCAGCAUUAAAAACAAAACAAAACACAACCCCGUGAUGUCUUUCCAGUCAAAGAAAAAUGGGAGGAUAAAACGCCCACCUACACAAGGUUAGGUAUUAAAGAUGGAGCAAGGGAGGAAGGUUGGGGGGGGAGGGGAAGGUGCCAAACUAGUUUUGUGAAGCCACGCCUGUUGAUAAUAAACAACAUGCAGCUGUUUUAUGUGGAAGUACCCAGUGAAAGAAUCAUGCAAUAGCUAAAAGAGGUCCUGAAGGGGUCUGCAAUUCAUUGGGGGGGGGGACAGUAGUGGUGGCCUCAUGAGCAAAAGGAACCAGAAUACUGAACAAAAAUGAGCAGAGCUAAUAUGGAUUGUACCCUAGUCCUGGAGGCACUGUCCACUGUUUUCCUCACUCCCCUAUCCCUUUCCCCUCCACCCCACCUUGAAUGUGGCUCUUUCGUAAAACUCUCUCCUGAACUUGGAGCUAGGCUGCAAGCUCUUACCCUCAGAAAGGUCUUCCUGGUGUCAGAAUUUCCUUUCUUGUAAAUUGAAUCCAUUUGUGAACACCCGGAUCAACUAACAAGCAUAAAAAUAAGCCCACAGAUGCCGAGAUAUCUAGAGUAAAGCCACAGUUGUCACAAAAUCACAUUGAGCAUUAAUUCUGUGGUUGGAAUAGAGUGAUACAAAUUGCAUGACUACCCAGGGUGGCAAGCUGGGACAUCCCAUAGCUGUCAACUUUUCCCUUUUUUAAGGGAAAUUCCCUUAUUCUGAAUAGGAUUCCUUGCAAGAAAAGGGAAAGGUUGACAGCUAUGGGACAUCCUAAUUCACUCUUUCCCUGCCCAGCAGCUUGCACACAACCAUCUAGCAGUAUGGGGGCAUUUCUUCUGGUGGGCAUGUUGGAAGGAGAAGGAUAGCGGGAAGAUGUGGAACAUGAGAUGCUGUACCAAAUUCCCUCAGACUUCCUAGUGAAUUUUCCACAGUCAUAAUUAGGCAUUCUUGAGCAUCCUCUGUGUAUUACAAGCGGAACAGAUGCUGCCUAUUGACAUGUAAAUCCAAGAACAAGGAAAGGAGCUUGGAGGAAUGUGAGCUCCCAUGGUUCUUUUUAGGGUGCAUCCAGUGACUUACAAAUACCAGGAUUUACAUCCUCCUGCCUCCCCCAAAGUGGUCUGAGAUGUGGUUUCCCUUAUUGUAGUGAUUUGGAGGGUUUCAGAGUGCCUUAACAGCCUGGGAACCAUUCCUUUGAGGUGGCUUUGUGCCAGGUCUUCAGCAAAGGCUCUCCUUAUCUUGCAGGUACGAUUUGAAAGAUGACAAAACCAGCUCCUAA